GAGAGAGAGACGGGAGGGCCCCGCCUUUGCCUCGCUCCCAUUGGCCGGCGUCCGUGCUUAAGCAUUGGCUGAAGGGAGGAGAGGCUCCUGCGGCCCUAUUGGCUGCCGGGGCUCGCGCACCGUUCUCUGCUCGCUCCCGUUCUCUGUCUCUUCGCUGGUGGGCGGGGCUCGCUUUCCCGGUGUUUGGCGGCGGCGGCCUGAGGUAAAGGGGGCGGGGGGGGGGCGGCGGUUGUGGAGACAGCGGCUGGGUCGUCGUCGGGGUAGGACGGGGCUCCCGGGCGCUGCCGCUUAAUGGGGUCGAUGGAGGGACAGGGGAGGCAGGGCUGAGGCGAGCGAAUGGGCCGUUUCGCGAAAGGAGGGGGUGGGCUUCGAGGCAGGCCGUCGAGGGGGCGGCGGAGCGGAGCUGGUUUGUGAGGGAACGAAGGGCCUGCGCGGACGGUGAGGGCCUCUUUCCCGCAAAGCAGGGCGACCUGUGGAAGGACCGCGACAGUGCCUCUGAGCAUGUCCAGAAUGCAUUUCCCUAUGGCAAUGAACGAGUAAUGCGGGGAGGACCCCCAGCCCCGUCCCACAAACACACACACGUAUUGGGGAUUUAGCUUCCAGGCCGGAAGGGGGUUGUUCCCAGACGGACUGGAGCCGUGGCACUAGGGCUGCCAUAAAUCCGGAUUUUCCCGGGAGUUCAAAGGCAGAAUUGACGGCUGGGUUUCGUUUAAAAAACAACAACAACCCAACCACUGCAAUUUCCUUUUUUUAAAAAAAUCAACAAUUUGGGGGGGGGGGUUCCUUAAAAAAGGCUCUACAAUUUCUGUUGUUUCCUUUAAAAAAAAAGGACCAACAAUGUUGGGGUCUUCCUAAAAGCUCAACAACUUUUAGGAUGUCCUGGUUUUUACUUUUGGAAAUAGUACCCUGUUUGGUACCACCCCUAAACAACAAGGCACUGGAAUCAUGGAGGCGGCGGGCAGCUGAGUGUGAAAAAUAGGGACGCGAAUGAGAGGAAGCGGUUCCCAAAGGGUGUGAGCAGCUUGCAGUAGUCGCUGGUUUUGCUCUUUGCUGCUGCAAAAGGUUUGCAUCUGACCAGCAACCAUUUGGGUGGUUGUUGGUUUUGGGGGUGUUUUUUUAAAGAACAGUCUCCUGAACAGAAGAGCAGCAGUAACCUUUCUCUUGAAGGAGCAGUGCUGAGGGAACAAAAGCUCAAUAACUUUAUAGCUUGAGUGUAGGUGGGAAUGGGCCCAGUGCUUGGGGAGGGGAAGGGGAGACAGCUUGUGGGGGACAGGAAACUUAGGCUGAGUGAAGUUGAACAAAAAGUAAGGUUUUCCUAAGUGUGCAGAGAGCCUUGUUUGAUUACAGUUUGUAGUGAUUAAUCAUUUGCUGCUUUUGUUUGCCUAUCAUGUAUGCAAUUUAUAUUAAGUUAUGUUGCAAGACUUCAGAUUCAGUUGUAUCUGAAUAUAUGUAUAUAUUUUUCCAGAAAGCUGCAUUGCAAGCCUACAGUUCUGAUAAGUAGUUAAACAUUAUGCAGGGAAUUUGCUGUGUUGUAAGGCUGCCAUACAUCUGCAUUUUCCCUGACAUUACCAGGAUUUCAAAGGUGGUAUUGACUUCGGGGAAUUUCUGAAAGACGGCACUUUGUCCUGGAUCAUAGGCAAGUCAAUUGAAAAGUCACAUUUUGUGGGAAAAAGGGGGGGGGGGAGCUCACAUCCAGGGUGUCCUGGUUUUUACCUUUGAAAAUAUGGCAACCCUACUGUGCUGGGACCUGAGUUUGAAUAGCCUAGUUGGAAUCAGGUGGCUUUUGAGGAGUCAUUCUAAAUUUUUGGUUACCUACCUCGUAGGGCAAUUGUUAGGCUUGUAGCUUGGUUCUAAUUGUGUUGUGUUGGGCUAGGCUUGUAGCGUGGUUCUAAUUGUGUUCGUGUUCCAUUGAUUUCAGUGGAAUUAACUUCUCAGGGUGCUUAGAAACAACACGGGUAUAAUGCUGCACAAUUAAAGAGCUGUGUAAAUGAUGGUAUAGGUAAGCCAGUCUUUCGGAUAAGCCCACAGAAGUUAACUAGCCUGUUGGGCCCUAACAUAGGAUUAAGAGCUCUGUCCCUACUCCAGCAGCCCACUGCAUCUCUGUGCUAGAUUAGGGCUUUUAUGAAGCGUAGUUGGCAUUCAAGCCUACAAUUCUCACAUGCAAUCUGACACUCCAUUCUAGGGAUCUUCUGACAUUGAGACCUGGAUGCAUUCCAGAGUUUGUUACCCCAAGAAUUUACACAGACCACUGAAAUAAAUAAAAAAUAAUCUCUAUUUACUUAUUGAUAACUGUAAGGAGCAGGGAAAGGAGGAAGUGACCAUAUAUUGGUUUAACACUUCCAGAAGGAGUCUGAUUCUCUUUUAUUUACUAUUAAUGUUAUAAAUGAUAAGGGAGGAAUGGCAGAGAUUUACAUUGAAAAGAGACCAUGAAUUUAGCAGAUGCUCUUGCAGCUCAGCUUGUUUGGAACAUGUGAGCAUGGCAUUCUGUAAUGAGUUCUCCCUUGAGGCCUCUCCAGGCCAGAACUGAAACUUCUUUCUGAGGUACAAGCUGUCAUAGCAAAAGCUGAAUGUUUUCAGGGGUGCUUCAUAUGAAGGGGAGGAACUUCUGUCCUCUAGCAACCCACCUGAUUUCUAUAUUGGGCACAGAAGAGGGACAGAGCACUCCAUCUCUCUUGCAGCCCACACACUCACCUGCAUGCAGUUCCUUGUUGCCUGUGCCUAUUAGGCUUGUACUUUAAAUACAAGGCUGAGAUGAAUCUCAAAUUCUAAAGUGUAACUUAAAGUAGAAACCAAUGAAUAGUUACUUAAACUUCUUGAAUUCUUCAGUGUGGUUUUAAUACAGAGGCUUGUACUUCUCUACCUUGCUUAGAAAGACAUGGGGUAAACAUAUUUGUUUGCUAGGGCAUUUCCUAUUUGUGUAAUAAACCUAGUAUAUUGCGAACUGUGUGUGUUUGUGAGAAUACCUGUAAGUUACAAAUUAUGCCCCUUGCAAAGAUUCAUGUAUGUGAUCAACAAGAUUAAAAUAGCUUGGUAAGGGACUAUUGUACUCAAAAGCCAAUUAGCCAGCUGCUCCUGCAUAAUAUAGAUGUUGUUCAAAUGUGGAGUGGAAGAAGAUCUCCCUUUGCUUGAAAUCACAAAAUGAAAAAAGAUUCUUACAGGUAAUAGAUCUUCUGUAGAGCAGCAUUUCUCAGCCUCUUGGUUGUGAAGCAUGUGCAAGUGGGUCAUGGGCUUUAUAAGCAAACCCAAAAUCAUUAUUGCAUUUAAUUUACAAUUAAGUCUUAAAUGAAUUGUUGCCCAUCUGCAGUAGCAGAGCACCCUCCUUUGCCCAUGCACCAACUUCUGGAGCCCAAAAUGCAAACAUUUUUGCCAGACAUCAGGACUGACUGUCAGCAGGCACUCUCACCCAGCUGGAGAGACAUUAUACCGUAUUUUUCGUUCCAUAGGACGCUCCGUCCCAUAGGACGCACCUACUUUUUGGGGGGGGGAAAUAAAGGAAAAAAUUUUUUACUUUAUUUCCCCCAAACCAGGUCGAGGAACAGUGGGAUGGCGGCGCUGCGCCUCCCCGUUGUCCCCCGAGCUUGUGGGGCUGGCCAUGUCUGCCCGGCGUGAGGGGCGCUCUGCUUCAGGGCGCCCCACGCGCCGGGCGGCAGGCUGCAGACACCUGCGCGAAGCACGGGACGUCCUCCGAGGGCGCCCCGUGCUCCGCGCUGCAGGCUGCCGCCCGCAAGCCGUGCGCGCCCAGGGGGGAUCUCCCCCCGGGCGCGCGAGGCUUGCAGACACCAGCACGAAGCACGGGGCGUCCUCCGAGGGCGCCCCGUGCUCCGCGCUGCAGGCUGCUGCCCGCAAGCCUUGAGCUCCCGGGAGAUCCCCGGGCGCGCAAGGCUUGCCGACACCUGCGCGAAGCACGGGACGUCCUCCGGAGGGCGCCCCGUGCUCCGCGCUGCAGGCUGCCGCCCGCAAGCCUUGCGCUCCAGGGGGGAGAUCCCCCGGGUGCGCAAGGCUUGCCGACACCUGCGCGAAGCACGGGACGUCCUCCGAGGGCGCCCCGUGCUCCGCGCUGCAGGCUGCGGCCCGCAAGCCGUGCGCUCCCCGGGGGCCAUCCCCCCGGCGCGCCAGGGAUGCCGGCCCCAGCGCGAAGCACGGGGCGUCCUCCGGUGGGCGCCCCGUGCUCCGCGCUGCAGGCUGCCGCCCGCAAGCCGUGCGCUCCCGGGGGGGAGUUCCCCCCGGUGCGCAAGGCUUGCGGACACCUGCACGAAGCACGGGGCGUCCUCCGGAGGGCGCCCCGUGCUCCGCGCUGCAGGCUCCCGCCUGCAAGCCUUGCGCUCCCGGGAGAUCCCGGGUGCGCAAGGCUUGCGGACACCUGCGCGAGCACGGGACGUCCUCCGAGGGCGCCCCGUGCUCCGCGCUGCAGGCUGCCGCCCGCAAGCCUUGCGCUCCCGGGGAGAUCCCGGGUGCGCAAGGCUUGCCGACACCUGCGCGAGGCACGGGCGUCCUCCGAAGGGCGCCCCGUGCUCCGCGCUGCAGGCUGCCGCCCGCAAGCCUUGCGCUUCCGGGGGAGAUCCCCGGGUGCGCAAGGCUUGCGGACACCUGCGCGAGCACGGGGCAUCCUCCGGAGGGCGCCCCGUGCUCCGCGCUGCAGGCUGCUGCCCGCAAGCCUUGAGUGCCCAGGGAACUCCCCGGGUGCGCAAGGCUUGCAGAUAGCUCCUGGAGCCUGAAGAGCGAGAGGUGUCGGUGCGCACCGACGCCUCUCGCUCUCCAGGCUUCAGCGAAAGCCUGCAUUCGCUCCAUAGGACGCACACACAUUUCCCCUUCAUUUUUGGAGGGGAAAAAGUGCGUCCUAUGGAGCGAAAAAUACGGUAACUCCUGGGUGUGUCCACAGCUCCAUCCCCUGCAACCCUUUCCUUGUCAGAGGGCUCUGAGAUGGAGGUGCAGGGAGGGCCUUUGAAAGGCUGGUAUGGGAGAGGAGGAGAGAUGUCAGGGGUUGUUGGGUGUUUGUGUGUGAGAUGGUGUAGUCUCUCAGCCCACCUGAGCUGGAGGAGUUAUGUUUUUGUCCAUCAGACAAACUUGCAGAAUGAACUGCCAGUUUUCUUGAUGUACUGGUCAUUGGAAUAAAAAACCCUACAGUACACAAUUAUUACUAUUAUUAUUUUACAUUUCACAAGUGUAGGCAAAAAAGCUUGAAAAUAAAUACCUGUUUAGGAUUGCAGUCUAUGAGUGCUAUGGUCCUCUGUAUACUUCCCUGUGAGUAAUUCCAGUUGAACUCAAGGGAACUUACUUCUGAGUAGAUAUUAGUAUAGGAUUGCACUGCAAAACUGCCAUCCUAAAGACACAGCACAGUCCUAACCAUGUCAUCUCAGAAUUAAGCCCUGUUCAAUACAGUGGCACUUUUAGAUAAGUGCAGUCAGGUUCCCAUCCUUACUGAGAAAUGCAUCUUACCGAAAACUGUGAGAUACCUUCUAACUGAACAUAAUAUGUAGGAUUAUGCUGCAGGUCUGCAAUCCUAUGCACAGUUACCUGGAAGUAAGUCCCAUUUAAUCUACUUUGACAUAAAAUCAAGCUUAAAGGUGGUGCUUAAAUAUUCCAAUGCAAUUGAUUUGUGGAUUGCACCAUUUAAAUGUGUCCCCAGGAUUGAAUGACUAGGGUUACUAUACCACUGGGCAUAGCUGUUGAGCAGAUUAAACGCUUGUAAUCUGAUUUUACUGGUUUUAUUAGAAAAGAGCUUGCUACUUUUAAAUUGUUCUCAUUGAUUGAUUAUAUUCAUUGCAUAUACAAAACUGAGUAAGUCUAUAAGUAUUAUAAAUAUUUUAGCAAAUUCUGCAUUAAUGGGUGUGUAAGUAAAUUUUUGCUUGGAUACCUCAUAUAAUGGUUAUAAAAUAGGCAAAACUAAUGAUUGCAGAAGACCCAAGUUUCAAAAUUCUUGUAACAACAAAUCAAUGGAUCACCAUAUCAAGUAAAUCUGGAUUUGUGGGUUGCCAUACCAAAAAGGUUGGGAACCACUGCUCUCUUCUGAAGUGUGUGUAUUGUGAUGUUAGGAGUCUUGCUAAUAGAUUUAGUGUAAAAUGUAGGCAGAACUAUUGACUUGACCCGCCAACUGCAUAAAUGAACUUGCCACAGAAUGCUUUAGAAUGAUUUCAGAUUUGUUUGUAAUUACUCUUCAGUAGAAACCUAAAACUAUUGUCCUACAACUCUUACCUUACUCUAUUUUAUCAACACUUGACUUUCCUUCUCGCAAAGACAGUGCCAUGGAAUGCUUCAGACAAAUCAGCAUGGAAGAUAGUGUAGCAAACUUUUCAAUGAUCAGAUAGGUGGUAUAAGUUAAAUGUAAGCACAGUUCAGAGGACAGUGCAAUAGUUCUGCUCAGGUAUUUGUUUACUGAUGGGAAGGGAGAAAAUCACAUUUUUUAAAAGUCUGUCUUUUCUAACUUGUUAUUAAAAUAGAUUCACUGAGUGGACUUUAUUUUUCUGGAGUGUGAAGAAAAGACCCACAGUUCUCCACCUCUUUUUUUCAUUCUGUGUAGCUUUUUAUACUUGUUUUACACUCAUUUGAAGAGUUAGUUGAAAGCGGCUCACAUACGAUAUCCUUGCAGACUUGUACUAUCUGCACAUGCUUGGAGCUAGACCUCCUUAUUUCAGCAAUAGAAUUGUCAUUUAUCUUCCAUACUUCCACUAAGCUAUUUCAUCUGAUAGAGAAGGCCAGUAUUUUCUUUCAUUAAUGUUAGGUCAGAGUUGUGAAUUGCGACUCACCCAGUUGCAUGUGGCAAGAAAUAAUUACUUCCAGAUGACCAAAUGUCAAUCCUUUUCUUUUGGGGCCAAAUACAACUUAAAAUAGGUGCUUACAAAACUGUCUAGCUAGUAAGCAAAUGUCAUUAUAGGUUUGUUUUUUUAAAUAAAAGCACGUAGACACUUCAGUUAUAAUCAGCACACUAUAUGGCUGACAACCUUUGGUAUCUGGCCACAUUCAGAAGUGCUUUUAGCUAUUCUUUUUGCUGCUUCUGAAUUUUGUGCUCCCUGAUCGCUUGUGUAUUGUUCUGCAAUCAGAAACACGUUCCUUCAAAUGCCAUUUUGGUGUGUUUGGCUCAAAGGUAAAAUAUUUCUCAUCUGUUUCUUUGUCUUAGCUUAGCUGCUGUAGAUUUAGAUUUCUUCUUUUCCAGGUUCUGUUUCUUUAAGAUUUAAAUACAUUAUUUUCUGACAUUUUAAGUGUGCUUAUUUCACAACUGUCUCUUGCAUAAAUAUAACAAAUGUACCCAACAUUGCUCUUACAUUUCACACUUUGGUAAUGUGCACUCCUGCAUUUUUAAUCUGAGAUUUAUGACUUAAUCUGAGGCUUUUUUUUUGAGUUUGAGGGAAGAUUGAUGGGAUCCACAAAUGUGCUUGCUAGUGGUGACCAUAUCUUUUUAUCAAGUGAGGACAGCGUGGACAAAGUCUGGGGGUUAAUCCCUGGAGUUGUGCUGAGCUGAGGCACUCGGAAAGCAGUAUUCUUUAUUUACCAUUGGCCUAAAUUUGCUAGCUUCUUUCUGAAAGUUUUUAACUCUAAACUUGAGGUCUCUUUCAAGGGAAAGCAGGAUAAAACUGUUUUCAAUAAAUAAAGUAAACUUAUUUCCUGUUCCACCACAAGGCAGAGCAAUUAUAUUUCACAGGAUUAGUUAAACAUCUGGCUACCAUCUUCUUGUAUGAAUAUAUACACACAUAUAGUGAAUGAAUUUGUGCUCCACUGUUUCAAAUAAAAACAAAAGAGCCCUGCUGGAUCAGGCUAAAGGCCCAUGUAGUCCAGCAACCUGUCCCCACAGUGGUUAGCCAGAUGCCUAUGGAAAGCCCACACGUAGGUUGUGAUCCCUGGCAGCUUAGAGGCAUGACACAGCUGAUAGUGGAUGUAGAUAUAGCCAUUGUGGCUAGUAGACAUAGGUAGCCUUAUCCUUUAUGAUCUGGCUAAUGGUCUUUUAAAGCCAUCUAAUUUGGUGGAGGGUCACUACAUUUUGUGUGAGUGAAUUCCAUAGUUUAGCCGUGAGCUGUGUGAAGGACUUCACUUUGCAAAAUCAUUUAUAAAGCUUUUUCCCCAAAAACUUACUUGUCUGUUUUUGUGGAUGUGUUUUCAUUAAAGAGUACAGCAGAGUAAAAUCCAACAUAGCCAUAAAUUGUGAAACCAUGCUUACCUACAGACAUGGUAGAUGUAAACUGCACGCUACUAAUUUGAUAGAAAUGCUUCGUCUUGCUCUAAGACCUGUUGUUUUCAGUUAGGAGUUAAGCACAUUCUUACAUUUUUCUCAUGAAAUCAGCUGGACUAAAAAAGCACUUUGCUAUGGUUGGACCGGGCUCCAAAAUUAGGAAGUGUUUUGCAUGUGAAGUUCUGUGUAGUUUGGGCUGGAUGUAGCCUUCCUGUUUGACAGAAAUAGCUGUAUAGUUACAGUCAAAUAAUCUGCAAAGAGCCCCUGAUGAGUGUUAAAACGGGCAUUUGGGAGCUGCUUCACAGGAUAUUAGCUACAGCCCUGUCUCUCCAAGUGCGAUAAUGCACUGUAUGUAAGGGUCUGCUGAUAAUCAGGAAGUCUCUGCCGUGUGUACCUGUUUAAAAUAAGUGUAGCAGUACUGUAUGUCCAAAAGUGAGUGUGGCCACACCAUACACUUGCACGCACGCAUGCACCCACAGGCUGAGCUGGACUGUAUAGAUCAGCUGAGGAGGGUGGUUAUUGUCCCCCUGCCUUCUCAUUAAGUGAUCAAUCUGGUGAUGAGGGAGGGGCAGCUUGCAUCCCCAUGAGGCACUGGGCUGAGCAGAGAGGUUUAAACUUCUCCCCCACCACAGUGCUAUGCAUACUAUUUUUCUUUUUGAUGCCACUGCCAAAAUUGGUGGGGUCAGAACAUUUUUUCACUGGGCUAGAUCAGGUCUCAAGGCCCAGUUUAACCACUCCUGAUUUAUAUCAUAAUCCUUAGGCUUUGUCCAUGCCUCCCCUUUUCUCCUAUGCUUCCUAGUCUUUCCCACUGUUGAUAUUUGAAUUGUAAGGUGGUUUACAGUGGGGUUUUGCCUCUCUCUUUUUUGCCUUUGAAGCUUUGUGAAGCAUCAAAACUAUAGCUAGCAUUGUAUUAAAUAAUAAAAUCCAUUAUAUGGAAGAAAAUCUAUAGGAAUUGAAGGCUGAGCUCACGACCACUUAGAAUAUAGCUGGGUGCUUCUUGUUAGUGCUCAGAAUACAACUCUUAGUUCAAACUGGUUUGUUGGAAUUGUUCACGCUGUGCGGAAGAUUUACCGGUAGAUUUGCAUGUUGCCACUUCGCCUAUUUCCAAAAUGUUGGCUUGAAAUGUGGCAUCUGAACGUAGAAAACCGAGAGCAUGGUUGGCUUCUGGCAGGAUUAUGACUGCUAAGAGAGUGGCUGUGUGAAGCAUCCCUUGCUUGCUACUUUGUUCCAGGGCAUGUGCAUUCUUACAGCAAUUAACAGGUCAAGUUAGGAAAAACUACUAUGCUUAUAUGUUCCCUUUAAAGCACAGCUUGCUCUUUGUUAAAAGUGUAACUAAAAAUUUAAUCACUUGUGGCUUCAAUCCGCAGGUUCAAUUUCUCCAUGUAGAGGAUACUCGUGACUUGUGAGGCAAGCCACCAUUUAGAUUUCAACUGUUGGAUCAUGGUGUGAUCUGCAGUAGUUGGGUGCAUGUUGCUCUUGCACCUGUAUAAUUGGCUUCUUUGGAUUGAAGCUUAAUACGUUCAUGUGGUACACAGGACAGAGCUGUUGGUUAGUGGGGAAAUGUAUCACAACUGGAAGAAUUGCCAAUCUAACUUCUUAGUGCCUUAAAUAGGGCAACUACCUUUGUCUCAGUUGUCUUCUGCUCUUCUUUAAGAAUGAGUAUAAAUAGUGAGAAACUGGUGGAUGGUGAUGAGAACCAGGGUUAGCAAUUCUGUAAUAUAUAUUUGUGUGCAAAAAGCGUGGUCAUGAUACAUUAGUGAAAGUUCAUAUUUAAGCCUACCUAGUACAGUCCUGCAUUGGAGGGUAUCAAUAAAAGCACCUUUUGACUACUACUUCAUGUUUAUCAGUCUUAAAUAUGAUUUUUGUGUGCAUGUUUGUGCAUGUGCGUUCCCCCCCUGCCCCCAUUUGAAAAACUCAAGUUCUUCUAGAAUACAGACAGAUGUUCUUGGAUUCCAACUCUGAUCUUCCAUGACCAUUGGCCAUGCUGACUGGGGCUGAUAGAAUUUGAAGUCCAACAACACUUAGAGCCUCACUUUCCCAUUCCUAGUGACCUGUACCCGUUUUUGUAUUAUCAGUGUAGGCACUAUUGCUUUCCAGUUCAUAUGAUGCUAUGCAUGACAAAGUUAAUUACUGGUUCUGGUAGGUUACAUUACCUUAAGAUGACAACUGCAAAAGGGCAUUUUUCUAGACAUCCUAUAUCAGAGGACAUCUAGAAGGAUUAUUAUUAUUUUGCAAUAUGAAGUGUUUACAAUUAGGAGAAAAAUGAGCAGCUGCUACUUCAAUUACAUACUACUACUCUGUUGCACUGUGUUGCUGAACCUUUAGGGAGUGCGCAGUUCCAGGACUUCUCUCCCAUUCUUUUAAGUCUAACCCUUAGAAAAUAACAUUUUUUAAAAAUACUGAAACUUGAAGUGCUGCUUCUGCUAAUGAAUUUUGAACAAUCCUGAUGUCUUUAUAGUUUCAAAGUUUGUUUUACCAGAAUGCAAUAACUGCAGUUCUGGAACUGCAAGCUGUUUCAAAUGCAGGGCAAAGUCUACCCGAAACUUUACAGAGUAUCUUGAUGGCUUUUUGUUGACCCCUUGUUCUGCAGUUCACUUUAAGCAACAUGAAUUGAAUUCAGGUUUAAAAAAAAACAACUAUUGAAGAAUGCAUUUUACAGACCACAAUAUGUCUGCCAGACUAAUAAAUCAAACUCUUGUAUGUUUGCUUUUUCAGAAUCUGAAAAACAGCAAUAUGAACUGCUGUGCUUGUGCUUCUUGACAGAAGGUGAUGCUAAGAGGAAAAAUCUGCAGUGAUCAACAGGUUGUCCAAGAAGGUUUUUGACAACUCGUCUGUUGCCUUGGAAGCUGGAGGAUUGCUGUCCCCAAGCAGAUAUUUGCCAUUUCCUGCCUUGAUGCAAAGCAGCACUUGAAUUAAACCUGCCACUCUCUGUUCCUUGAGGAAACAGAUUCUUAUUGCUGUGUAACUGAACACUAAAUACAGGGAACCUAUUAUGUCUAAGAGGCAAAACCAAAAAGGUAAGAUUUACGAUACUAGACGGGCAUAUAUAGUAAGGAGUGUUGUGUUACAGGCAAAUGUCAAGUAUGAAUUUUUGUUCCUGCCAUUUUAGUCCACAGUAGAAGAUAAUUACUCUAGAUCGGCUAUUCUCAAGUUGCCUCCCUAGUAAGAAAACACUCAGUGUCUUCCAAAAUGUGAAAUGAAUCCUAAUAAUGUGUUCCUUCACAUCCCUUCCCUUCUUAACCCAAAGGAAGACAGCCCAGCAGCCUUUUGGCUUCCUGGUGUUGGAAAUCAAGCAAACAAGGAGCAUGAGAAAACAGGGUCGCUUCAUGGUUCUCGGUACUUAACAAUGAGCAAGGUGUAAUGAGGCAAAUGGUCUCCUAUGGUAAUGGGUUGAUAUUCUGCCCCUUGACCCAUUUGAGAGACACACACAUUUCUGAUCUGUCGAGGAAAAGCUGGUGUCUUUUCUAGGAUCUGCCUCUGCCUUCCCAGGGAGUCUUAUGUGCCUCUGAGAACCACUGGUACAAGGAUCAUAUGUCUCUUUCAAAUCUGGUGUCGUUUGUGGCAGUUUAUGUGUGCUGGUCCCGUGGGUUACCCGAGAGGUGAGGUCCCAGUCCGGUCCAUGGUUGAAGGUGCACCGUGGAGGCAGUCCGUAGUAGCUGAAGCUGGGUGCAGGGCAGGGAGUCAGGAACAGGUAUGCAAGCAGAGAGCCAGGGCGGGUCAGGAGCUCUGGCAGAAAAGCAUGACAGGGUUCAGGCAGGAACUAGCAACCAACAAUGUUGCUCCUGCAACUUGGGACUGGGGCUGGCCGGCUUUUAUCUGCCCCGAGGCAUAGGGUGGCACCGAUCCUCUGGUGACUUGCCUCUCCUGGCCUGGAGGCGAGCACUCCUCCUGCGGGAACUUAGUUCCUUAUGCCUCUCUGCCCUGAGCCUCUGCAGCUCAGGAGAGGCUGGAGGGUUACCGGACCCAGAGGCAACCUCAGCUUCCUCUGAUGGGGCUGAGAGUGGAGCACCUGCAGGCAAUGGGUCCUCCAUCACCUCAGGAGUCAGAGCAGGCUCAGCUGAUGCCUGCACCUGAGGAUCCAGCACAGGUGAGGACCCUUCAGGCUCAGGCCCCAGCCCCGGCUCAGCUGGUUCUGGAGGCGGGGAAUUCCUUGCAGGUUGGGAUCCCUCAUGUUUAGCAUCCGAGUCCAAAGCCCAGGCCAUUGCAUUAUGUCACAGAGGAUUAACAAUUUGUAUGAAGGAAAAUUUCACAUUGUUUAAUUUGCAAAGUCUUGAGUCCUUGAAUACAAGGGACUUGUUAAAUGGGUCUCUUAGGGCAGAACUAGAUGUGGCUCCUCCUGAAAAUGGUAGCUGCCUCCCAACUAGCGCCCCACUCCUCACGGUAACAUCCAGCAAAACUUAACUGUAUUCUGAUGUCACAAUGUUGUACAUUUCCCUGAACACCCCUAGCAGCAGCAAAUAAUAUAAAGUAGCAAAACACAUCAUUACAUGAUAUUGGGAGACAGGUAAGUUUUACUACAUGUUAUAAAGGAGAGAGUUAACAUACACCUCGGGUUUCUGUCAACAGCUGUAGAUUUGCCAGUUCUUUCUGGCUUGGAGUUGUGCUUUUCCUGUAUGCGUCAGGUUUUAUUUAUUAAAAGCUUUGUAUGUCACAGUUUUAUCUAAAAGAUCUGGGAUAGCUAACAGUCCAAUAGCAAUAAAACUAAUAAUACAAAGUAACAGAGCAAAUAUUUUAAAAUGGACAGUGCACAACAGGAAACAACUAAUUAAAUUCAGCAGCAGGAAACAGUGGAAACAGAAAACAAAAGUGCUAAACUUUGAAUUCUAAGGUUCUCUUAAGAAAAGCACUGCCUUUGGCAUGAAUAUCAGCAGAAAAGGAUGGAAAGCUCUUCUGCUGGAGAGUAGUGCAGAUACGGUGCCACUGUCAAGAAGGCUUUGUCUUUGGUAGCUCUCCAUCAUAACCAUUCACGAUUUCAGAUGGCCUUGCAGCAGGUAUUCUGAGAAAGACAUCAGCCAUUAUUAAGAUGCCAGUAGGCUCCCCUGAAACAACAUGACUUGGAACUUGUGCCUUUAUUUGUAACUUAGCCCUUUGGGGCUGACCUCUUCCAUGACAGUUUCUUCAUGGAAGACUACACUGAUGUACAUGCCUUGUAGUCUUUUUCACCAUUGAACACAACUUGUGAGCAACAUGGCACACCUUUGACAUGGCUAGUUCUGAAUUUAAACCUUAAUUCUGCUAGUGUUGAUCCGCAACCCAUUUUCAAGUUCCUGAUCUUUAUUGGUUGACUUCAUUUUCUUUGAUUGCUUGGAUUAUUAAGAAAACGUUGCUGACAAAAGAACUCUCCUGCAUUUGCAGCAAUCCUAGUGUGCAGCAAGGGACGCGGGUGGCGCUGUGGGUUAAACCGUAGAGCCUAGGACUUGCCGAUCAGAAGGUCGGCGGUUCGAAUCCCCGCGACGGGGUGAGCUCCUGUUGCUCGGUCCCUGCUCCUGCCAACCUAGCAGUUUGAAAGCACAUCAAAGUGCAAGUAGAUAAAUAGGUACCGCUCCGGCGGGAAGGUAAACGGCGUUUCCGUGUGCUGCUCUGGUUCGCUAGAAGCGGCUUAGUCAUGCUGGCCACAUGACCCGGAAGCUGUAUGCUGGCUCUCUUGGCCAAUAAAGUGAGAUGAGCGCCACAACCCUAGAGUUGGCCACGACUGGACCUAAUGGUCAGGGGUCCCUUUACCUUUACCUAGUGUGCAGCACAGUGAGGCCUGCCUGUUGCUGUAACCCCACCACAAACACAAGACCCAAACUGGAGAAAUUCUUACAACCUCAUGCAGUAUUUACGUUCUAUACACUCUGUUACCAUAAACAAUGAAAUACUGGUAAAAGUCUUUUUCAGCACCAGGUAUUUUUCAAGUUCAUAUAAAGCCAGUUUCUAGUUGCUUAUUUGUUAGAUUCCAGCUUGAGUUGUUGCCGAGCAUGAAUCCCCAACUUUAGUGUAAUUCAAAUUGCUUGCAAAUUGAUAUUUCACUCUUCAGUAUCUCACUGUAUGACACACCUAACCAAUUCCAGUUUAAAUAUCUCCUAAUAGGUUCUUAUGGCAAUCUCAGACUGUCAGAACACUUUCCCUUUCACUUCACCAGCCUAAGAAAUGAGUAAGCACAGCUUCAGAUUUCUCAGUUUAUAUCACUCCCCUAACAAGACAAUACCAGUUUUUAAAUAACUAUUAUUUCAAUUGAAAACACGCUACAUUCAGCUGACUGUUCUCAUUAUAAAUCAAACUUCACAUUUAAGCAACUAGGUGUUAAUGUCUGCAAUGCAAAAAAACACUCCAAGUUGAGAAAGUAGAAUGGUAGUGGGGUCUUUCUUUUCUCUUUUUUAAAAAAGAUGUGUGUACUUCAGGUGUAUGAACGUGUUCCUAAAAUGUUAAUGGAGCCUCAAGCAUUUUGUUCUAACCUUGCUCUUGUGUUCACCGAUCAGUAAUUCUUCAAGCUCUACUUGUUUGCCCUACAUACACAUUAUCUGACAUGUAGUCUCUUGAAAUAAUUUUUUUUCUAUCUGGGAUCAGUUUGUUUGUUUUUAACUGUAAGGAUUGUGCACAAGAACACUUUCCACACUUAAUACUGCCCACUUGCAAUAGAGGGUAUCAACUAUAUUGGAAUGAGCUAUUUUGUCUUUUAUAUUAAACAAUUGGUGGUGUAACAGGCAAAUCCUGGACUAUCUCUUACCAGUUGCCAGUGUUUCAACACACUGCAUUCUAUGGAAAAAGGCAUUCUAUUCUAUUCCAUUUGUGAACCAACUUUUAUCUUGAAGCAGUUCACUUCUAUGAUACAUCUUUGCUCUGUAUUUUGCUCUUCUGAUAACAGCCUGAGGAUAACCUCUUUACAUACUACACUGAUGUUACAAAUCUGAACAAGUACAAUUUUAGUCUUAGAAACUGUGCAGAUGGUAAAUCGCUUCUGAAAUGAACUGAAUGAUUCUAUAAUGUAAAAUAGUAUUCUGAUCAAUAGGUUUGCUGUAGUUUGUCUAUUCCACUUAAAAGUUAUUAUAUGGUAUUUCUUGUAACCCUGUGUGAUUUUGUGAACCUCGUGUGAGGAUCAACUGUAUCCAUAGGAAAAAAGUCAUCCACUGCACAAUCUAGAUAAGCAAUAAUGUAAAUAUCAAUAUAUAUGCCAUAAUAUAACAAAUAUAUAGGGAUUUCUUUCUUGGAAAUGACUUAGUUUGAACCAAGUGCUCCAUAUACAAGUUAGAAAUAUUAAAAGCAACUGGACUCCCCAGAAUAACUAAAUGGUAAUAAAGUUUCUCCCAGGUCUUUGGCUAAUUAAGCAAUCUGUGACCUUUACAACCGGGGGGGUGGGUGGGUGUUAUUGUUUUGUUUGCUACUAUGUUAGGUAUUUUUGUGUUUUUAUGUUGUGAACUGCCCUGUGAUCCUCAGAAGAAGGGAAGUGUGGGAAUUUAAAAAUAACUACAUGAAUGAAUGAGUCUUGCUGCUGUGCCGUAAUGCCAGUAUAUCUGAGAACCCCUCACCAAAGUAGCUGAAUAUGGUCUCUGUAUGCCAAACUUCUGGAACAGAGAUUACAUAAUUGACUGGACAUUCCUUAUUCCAGCUGCUAAAUUGUUAUGAGAAGUACUACUCACACUGUGGAAAAAGAGUUCUUACCCACCCCACCCCCAAAAAAUUCCUAGAGCAGACACUUUGUUCCAGACUACGUUAUGUUCCACGGUAUAAAUGCUUAAUUACAGUUGCAUUAAUAGUCUGUGCUGUAAUGUCUGGAAACAAGAGGCAUGGAAGGAAGGGUUAUACUUUUAUCAUAGUCUUGGGUUACUAGCUUACAGGAAUUAUUUGUAUUUUUUGAAUUGCAUCUGUUUACCCAGACAAAAAGCUUGUGGGAAACUAAGACCAAUGCUGUUAAGCUACGUAAUCAAUUAACAGUGACAUAUAUGUAUUGGAGAGUAAGGAAGGUGGGUGGGACAAGACACUGUAUUCUAGCUAUAUUGUUGUUUUUAAAUUCUAGUAGCUUUCACCCUUGUCUAGUGAAUUAUUGAAGUCUCUGCAAAAGCAAGAAUGGGAAACCCCCGAUAACGCACUUUCUGGCACCAGAACUGGAAAAUUGUUCUUGUUAAAAAAGGCAUUGGUGUUAUACAGCCAUAAACUCUGCUCAGGACAGCCCAGCUUUUAAUGUAAGGCGUGCCACCUUUAGGUUAUACAAGAGUUUGAGCAGCUUGGUGCCUGGGAUUUUUUUCCAGGCUUGUCAGCAGCACUGUGAAGACCAGUCUUCUUCAGAUGUACCUGACAUACAGGCAUUGCCUUACACAGGAGAAUCUGGGCUCAUUCUUUCUCCCCUUCUUUCCACUUAAAAGUACUGAUGAGAAUGUUUCAUUCUGCUUCCUCCUUUUCUUACAAUAAAGGGGAAAAGAUGCCGUAUUUUUUGCUCUAUAAGACGCACCAGACCAUAAGACGCACCUAGUUUUUGGAGGAGGAAAACAAGAAAAAAAAUAUUCUGAAUCUCAGAAGCCAGAACAACAAGAGGGAUCACUGCGCAGCGAAAGUAGCGAUCCCUCUUGCUGUUCUGGCUUCUGGGAUAGCUGCGCAGCCUGCAUUCGCUCCAUAAGACGCACACACAUUUCCCCUUACUUUUUAGGAGGGAAAAAGUGAGUCUUAUAGAGCAAAAAAUACGGUACAUCUUUGUAUCUGAAGCAAUGGUAUUAUGUAUAGGGCUGUGCAGUGCAUUUUUUCUUUAAAAAAUGUUUAGGAGUGCUACUCUCAUUUUGACUCAAGAAAAUCAUUUUAUCGUUCAAAUCGGGGAAAAUAAAUACAGUAAAUGGACAAAAGUACAAAGAUUCACAAAAUGUUUAGGGGUAUGUGUACCCCUGCGUACCCCUAGGGGAAAAAGUACUGGAGCUAUGACUGCCUGAAUCAAUCCAGCUUAGCUAGUGUGGAUCAGCGAAGAUUCAGGCUUGCUUCAAACAUUGCACACUUCCAAACAGCGGCCACUGUCAUGUAGUGCAUAUAAUUUUGCCCACCUUUAUUUUAUUAUUGCAAUUUAUCAUGCCUUUAUUUCACCAUCUGUAUAUGAACUGGGAAGCUGCAGUAAGGAAAACAUGUGGCAGUGACAAUAAAUCCUGUUUAAUCUUUGCCCAGGCAUAAAACAGUUGAGAACUGUAUCUCUGUGUAGUGUUUAGUAGUUGAAACAUCUGGUUUCUUUUUCCUUUCUCAUUGCACAAGAACUAAAUAUUUUUAAAUGAAGUCAUAAAAGCAGAGUGAUUUAACUGCCAGUUUUCAGUGGAAAAGAAGCCUAGUUUAAUAUUGUUGAAAAUAAUAUUGCAUCUUCACUGAAGAUACACAAAGAAAAUCCAUUUUUCUGGACCUAGUUUGGUGAAAACCUGACAUUACAGAACUCCUCAAGCUACAGCUCUUAAAAUUUAGCUAAGUUGUAUUUGGAGUAAACCCUUUGAAAUCAAGAGAUUUACUAAAAUCAGUCCACUUCAUUUUAGUGGGUCUAUGCUGAGUAUGACUUAGUAGUUCAGAGCAGUCUUCCCCAGCUGUUCUUUCAUUCCCGCCACCCUCACAGGCAUGCUUGGUAGGCACACAGGAGAGGGCCUUUUCAGUGGCUGCUCCCAGACUUUGGAAAUCCCUUCCUAUAAAAACUAUACUGGCUCCCUCCUUAUUGCCCUUCUGCCAGCAAGGGUAGGCUUCCUUGUUCCAACAGGCUUAUGGGAGUUCACUGCUUUUUAUGAAAGCUCUGGUGCUGUGCUAUUUUUAUUGUAAUUAUUGGUAUGGUUUUAAUAGAUGUUAUGUAUGUAUGUAGUUUUAGUCCUGUUGAUGUUCAAUUGUUUUUUUCUAUGUUUUUAGCAGUUCUUAUUUUUACCUGCAAGUCUCCUUGAGUCCCAUCAGGCAGGCACACACACACACACACACACACACACACCCCUACCCCUAUCUCUGGUGCCCUCCACAUGCUUUGGACUUAAAUUCCCAUCAGCUCUAGCCAGGAAGCCUAUGCUGGCUGGAUCUGCAGGGAGUUAUAGUACAAAUAAUCUGGAGGGAACUAAGUUGGAGAAGGCUGGUUUAGUGUUUUGUCUAGAUAUGGGCAAUACAUUGGGUCUGUCUCUCAAAAAAAAAUUGAAGUAUAUUUAGUUGCAUCUUCUGCCUCUAAUGUCUGAAACGUGGGUGUUCAUCUACCUCUUCAAUAAAAUGAAUAAGAUACUGUAAUAUUUUGUGGUAAAACCUAAAAUACCUGGUUCAGAGGAGUUGGGAACAAAUCCAAUUAAAAUUAUGUUAAAGAAGAACAAUAAGUAUUCGGGUUACUUUGCUGUUCCACCCCUAAAUUGAUCCCACUGCUUUCAGACUGAGAUCAGUUGUAAGUGAGGUUCCUUGGUGAGAUGCUUACAAAAUUCUAGCAGCUGACUUUUCAAAUAGGAAUUCUCUAGAUUUUGUGCUAAUCUCACUGGUGCAAAGGGAAUUCCACCCUCUCAUGCCCUCAGGUGCCCCUGAGGACCCCCCAUCAGCUCAGGGGGACUGAGAGAACCCCCAGAACAGCACAUAGCAGGAGGUGAGGGGAGAUUGUUCCAUCUGGCAAGCUGAAAUGCUUGCACUGACAGAAUGAUCAUCUUAGCGUGAUGUUGAAUUCUGUGUCUUUUCGGGGGAACUUAAUUGGAAUAUGAUAAGCCACUAUUGAAAGAGGGGCUCAAAACCUGUCAUAGCAUUAGAUUACAGUAUAUUGAAUAGCGUUCUGGGCUUGGAUUGGAAAAACCUUGGCUCAGAUCCCAUCUCAGCCCUAACGCCUGCUUGAUAGCAUAGUUUGCAAGUCACUGUCUCUUAGCCCUAAGUAUCUUAGCCUAUCUGCAGAGGGUAUAAGAAUAGAAAUAACUAAUGUAAGCUGUGCUGACUUCAUUGAUGAAAGAGCAAGGUAUAAAUCCACAAGGCUUUGUCACCAGUAGAGGGCCUGGCAGCUGCGCAGAAAAGCUACUGAUCCCUCUGUCCAAUUUGAGUCCUUUGUUGGUUAACUUGUUCAAAACAGAGUUCACAUGGUGAACUCUUGUUUGGCCAAAGCAAAAGAGAGACUUCUGUACUUUUAACUAAAGAUUAUUAUAAAUCUGAAUCUUGAAAAAUAGGAUGUGCUUAAUAGAUUAAAAGCCAGAAAUCAAACAGCCUGUGAGAAAUAGUUCUCAUACUUUCUGUUGCAUUUCCAACUGUUGGAACUGUAGACACCCAGUCAAAUUGAACAGGUGUGGAUAGAAAAGCAUCUGUAGCUUACAUUUAAAAAGUAUUAAUUUAGUUUGUAUCUGUACAGAUGAUCUGCAAGACUACAGAUAAUCGUAGCUGAUCUGUUUAACAUCUUAAUCUGGAAAGUGACUUUACGGGAGGUGCUUUUAUGAAACCAACAAUUGAGUGGUUUUCUAACAUCUGAAUUCAACUAUUCCUGCAAUCAUGAAUGCCUGGGAGACAGCCUAAUAUAGGAGGCGGGCAGUAAAAGUAGUUUAUAUUGGGCAUUGUCAUCUGGCAAAGAUUGUUGUUUGUCCACCUGAUACAAGCAGGUCUCUGAAGUAUUUGCUUGGUUCACUGCACUCACCAACUUCUGAUCUAGCAACGAGACUCUCAUAUGUGUCCUGUUCUACAUCAUUUAUUAAAUUACUUAUAUAAUAUGUUUUUGCUCUAAAGCCAUGUGUAUAUAGAAGUAAUCCCUAUUGAUACUGGGAGCUAGUUCCAAAUAGUCCUGCUUACAGUUGUGGCCAAAGGUUAUACUAAACUUAUUAUUAUUAUUAUACUGCCCAUCUGGCUUACAGCAUAUAUAAAAACAUAAUAAAACAUCAAACAUUAAAAAUUUCACAAUACAGGGGUUCCUUCAGAUAUCUUCUAAAGGCCGUAUAGUUACUCAUCUCUUUGACAUCUGAAGGGAGGUUAUUCCACAGGGAGGGCACCACUACCAAAAAGACCCUCUGCCUGGUUCCUUGUAACUUCGUUUCUCACAGUGAGGGAACCAGCAGAAGACCCUCUGAGGAGGACCUCAGUGUCUGGGCUGAUUGAAAUUUCCUCUUCAGUUCUUUAUAAAUCCUUUGAUUGUAUUAUUCACCAUUUACUUUAAAGUAGUUAUUAAAGAACCACUCUAAGCAUGUUUACUAUCUUGUCAAACUAUGUCUUACCUAGGAAUGAUUGCAUCCCAUCAUUAUACCAGCAGUAGCUAACAUGUGUUAAACUCCUUUCUGGUACUUCUGGCUUAGUUACCCUUGAUUUUGAAUUCCCAGUUUGAAAGAAUGAGCAAGUUACAAAAGUAAACAACUGCAAGGAUCACAAUAAUGGGCACAUUCGGUUGUAACUACGCCACUUAAAAUAGUGAUAAAAUUAUGGUCUCAAUCUACUGAUCCUCUGUACAUAAAACACUUGGGCUUGCAGUUGGAUUUUCUGUUACCUCUCAGCAACAACUCCCAUUGUGUGCAUCAGGAGUCCCACUUGCACACGAAUUUCAAAGGCUGGCUUGUUCUCCCCGGGAAGCUGCUGUUGAAAGAUCAGCGUUUUUUUGGGGAAAACCCAACCACCAGCAGCGGUGCUGCACUUGCUCUUCCCUGGAUCCAACAACUGUGCAGAUGUAUCUACAGCUUGAAUAUUCUGUUUCAAUCAUUUAUCUCCUGGUUUCCUAAAUUGAGCUCAUAAUUUUAUCAUUACUUAAAGUCGUGUAGCUACAACUGUAUCAGUGUGAUCUUUGCGGUUACAAACUCACUUUGGUUGUUAAACAGAAUUUGGAAGACAUUUUGGCUUUUGGGCCCUUACCUAUUAAUACUCCAUUUCUUUUCCUGUUGUACCCCUGCUCCCCUAUCUUCCUAUGUACAUGAGACUGUAUGUCUAUGGGAAGGGUGUAUCUUUAAUUUUGUUUAUACAGCUGCUAGAAAGGAAUGUUACUGGGGGUUUUUAAAUCAAAGUAAUUGUCAAAAUUGAAAGCUCCUAUAUUUCCCAUUCAGUAUUUAGAGCAAACCCUGACUUUUUAAUUAUUUGCAAUAGGAACCAACCCUUUCAAAAUGCAGCUCGGGAACCAUCCACCAUCACCAUUGAUGAAAUGUUCAGACAUUGUGAAAAUGUUGUGGUUUUUUCUAAGUACCCAAGGAAAGUUUCGGCUCAUAAUUCUUGCACCCUAACUUAAUACUUCUCUUCUAGCAGAAUAUAUAUGUGCAUUUGAAUUAUGGUUUCUUUUAGCUUAGAUGCAUGACUUUUCUGUGGCUUAUUACAGAAUGAUUCUAACUAAUGCCAGUGCGGAAGACAUUAGUCAUAAAUUUAAUGUCUUCCCAUUAUAACUAGUUAUAAAUUCCAUGGAAAAGCACUGGUAGGCAUUUGAGCAAUUCUCCUUGAUGGUAACAGUACAAGUAAAUAUUUUUAAGAUUCGUUCUGCUAAUUCACCAUUGUCAGAAGUAUUAGCAAUAGAGGCUGUAAAUUUCAGAAACUGAAAUGCCAAUAUCCCUGCAUGACCCAGCUGUUUCUUUUGAGCUGAUAGUAGAGAAGCAGAUGAUGUCCUAACCUUUGGACAGCUGAAAGUGAAUUUGCAAGCUACUUCGUGCAUCUCAAAGUGAAUGAGUACACUAUGGUUGAGUGUAUCAUGCGUGACCAUGUAUUACCGGGGGGAGGGGGGAAUUCUUCUUGAGAGGCAUUUACUCACACUUACAUUGUAGUGAGCAACAGCUGGUCUUGGCUUCUUAUGACAUCUAUGAAAAAAUAGUUGCUCCUAUGUAUAAUGGUAUACGUUGUGGGUGCUUGUGAUGUUUCCACUUAUUUCUUAGCAUGUGAAAUGGUUCUUGAGAGUUGGAGUUGAUUAAAAGACAUACUAUUUCUUAUAUGUUACAGGUAACUGCAUUUGUGGACUUGUGGUACAAAAUUGAUAGAUAUCAAUAGAUUAGCUACAUUAGGGGAUUUAGAAAAAUGUAUUUUAAUAUAACUAUUAAUUGCUAUAGAGACCUGUUUUUCUUAAUCCACUGCAUGUGUUGUCGUUUCUUUUUUAGAAUUAUAAAUUAGCAUUCUACCUCCUCCCUAGUUACUUAAAAAAUGGAAUAAUCUUUGUAUGUCAAAUAUUGACAUUAUUACUAGUUUACAAAUUUCCAAAAUUGAAGAUGAUUACUGGUUUUUUAAUGCAAUUUUUAAUUUAUCUAAUGCUGUAUUUUCAGAUAGGACUAGAUUGGCUGAACUUAAGAAGGUGCUUGAAUUUCUUGCUGUUGCUUCUUCAGUGCAGCUGGGAAUGACUUGAGAGGACAGUUUCUCUCCUGUAAUUUAAAAAUUACCCUAAUGGUCUAUUUUGUUAAGUUUUCACUUAUAAAAGCAGCAAGAUUUCACCGUGCUCUUGGGUUUAAAUUACUAGGUGUGACUUGCUGUUGCCUGUAAAUUGGAGGGCAGCUGCUCUUAAAUAGAAUUGGAAGGUAAUAACAGGAUGAGUAAUUAGAGGUGCCCUAAAAGUAUUUCCUGGCAUCUCCAGGAAAGCAAAGAGUGUUUUAUUCACCCAGUCAACUUGCUCUGUAUUAUUGGAAGUGUUAUCUUGGAAGCUAAGUGCCACUUAAUGCUAAGCGUGACAGAUGUGUUUCAAGUAUGCACUGUCUGUGUUAGUGUGUGAUGGACACCUUAACAUUUGAAGGUAUUUAAACACACAGGACCAUGCAACAGACAUGAGCUUUGGAGCCAUGGUUGACUGUGUCUACAUGUACAGAUGUGAAUAUCCACCUCACAAUGCUACAUCUCUUUUUGCAUGUCCAUAGAGCAGUCUUUUAUACAGACUGUAAAGUUGCCCUUAUAGUGCAGUUAGAAAUGUUUUCAAAGCACCUUUUAUGUUUGGCUCUGCUCAACUAAUUCUGGUGAUUGUAAGAUUUAUCCCAACACAGUGGUUCUCCAAGUAGAAAGCUGGCCUUUACAGUAGAAGAUCACUAGGUCUGUGAUUGCCAAGUAUGAAGGAAAAUGAAAGUUCAGUUUGCCCACCAUCCUGGCCGCUUUAACCAGGACAAUGCUAGAACUGUAAGAUUUUCCUCAUCUGUACCAAUUCAGACAGCAGAUGGUGAUCAUGUUUGAAUUUUCUCCCCCAUGCCUGCUAACUCUGUACAUGGAAAACUAGGAAAGAAUGUAGAACCUAGCUUCCUUCCUUACCUUUUAGGGUUUUUUAUUUGUUUUAUUUUAUUGUGGGGAAUGUGGCUGCAGCCUGAAGUUACACAGUAUAGAGAAAGGGCUCAUUAUAAACUGGCCAACAGCCUUGCAGUAAAAAGGGUCACUGUGACAAUUUGAGAACUGCAGUGUCAGCAUUGCACAGAAUUUCUUCAUACUAUAUCCUGUUUAUUUGUAUAGCUAGGCCAUCAAAGAGAUCUAUUGAAAAUACACACAACUUUGUGCAAUAGUGAAUUCACUAGGGGCAGGGACGUGUCUGCUUUUUGCUUGUAAAAUUCUGUAAAGCAUUGUCAGCCGUGAUAUAACUGAACACGAUAAUAAUCUGUUCACCCCCCUUAAUCUCCUAAUAAACACCUGUCUGUGUUUGAAGUGGAGCUCCAAUGACAAGUAGAAAUCCCAAUGAAUAAUUUACAGAAGUAUGUUAGUUUUGCAGUACUGCCAAAUGUGCAUAAUUUUCUUGUUGAAGAUGUCAUGUUUCAUCGUUUUCUAGAAGCUGCUGUUCAUAAUGUGGUGGAUUAUGCUGCAUUGAUAGACUUGAUACCAUAAUGAGAGGUUUUCAAGUAUAAACAUCUGAUGAGUGGAUCACCUUUUUAACAAGGAAAAGAAAUUCAGAAACAAAAAGUUUUUGAUGUGCUCAGAGAUAUUUUAGGAAAGCUUUUGGUGCUGAUAUGUAGAGCUAAGUUAUCGUGCAGGUUAGUUGCAAGUUCUCCUUGGUCUAUUUUCGUUCCUUACUGGCAUUCUUUGUAAAACAGCAGGGUCUUAACCCUCCUGCGUUUUCCGCCUUCAGAAGGAGGGUGGUUGUUCCUCACCUGUCUCCUCCACAAUGUUCUCCACUCUUUCACUUGGACUUGGCUACGCUCAUGCACGCCAGUGCUCAUCACUCAUAUAGCUUGCUAUAUGCAAGCACAUGGUCUGCUCUUGGUCAAAAAACAAAACAAAACUGCUACAUUCAUUCUCAUCACAGCACUACGCUGAAAGGAGAAGUUUCUUCUUUGCUCAGCCUAGCACUGUGAUGGGGAGGAGAGUUAUCUUUUCUACUGUUCAAAGAGAGUGAUACCCCCCCCCCCGGCCACCAUCUUAGUUUGAUGCUUCCCAGUGCAAUGGUGGGGAGGAAGUUGGGCUGGCAAGUCAUUUAAAGCAGCUUGGCCGGCCUGAUUCACUGCUUUGCCACCCGUCUUCUAGACAAGGGCAGCAAGGGAGAAGAGGUGGGGUCAUUAAAGUGUGCAGGAGUGGUAAAGUUGGAGGAAGGUUAUUUGUUAAAAACUUACUGCCUUGUAAGAGAAAGUAUGGCAAGGCUCUGAAGUGCUUUAGUGCCAAGGAGUUGUGUCACAUGUGGAAGUGGAUGAGUUACUAGAGUGGAGGGUCAUCACAUUGUCUGAAAUGUGGGGAAACGUAGUGAUUUGGUAGCAGAACACUAGUUUAAAGUGAGGAAACCAAGCUAAACCAGGUGACGCUAUAAGUCAUAUAUCAGCCUCAUUUGCAUAUAAAGCUAGAAAGAAGCCUUACUUACAGUAAGUGAGCAUAGGACCAGGGACACUGAACUUUUCCUCUUCCCAUGCCUUGCCUCUCCCCAUGCCUGUUGAACUACUUUUCCCUUUUCCUGAAUCACUUCCAAGGAAGUGUUCAGCAUCCCUCUCCUCUCCAUUCAUUCUAAAAGAAGAUCCAGCUAACCUCCUAUUUCAUAGGUGAGUGGAGUGAAUAUAUGGAAAGAAAUAUUGUGCAUGCCGGCAUCGCAUCUAGUUUGACCCUUGUGAUCUGUACUUUGGGGAGUUGCAUGGAAAGGUCAGUAUAAACUGUCACUGAUAACGGGCUUAUUAUGUAACUUCCACUACUGACGUGGCAGGUGGAUGGCAUAUCAUCUGUGACUGUAUCCAUGGUCGUGCUUACAGAAGCAUGGAUUACAAUAUGCAUGCUUAAGAUGUUUCUAAAUCAGGAUAUGUUGGGGUUCACUGAUUAUGAAGCCCAUUUUCUGUCAUACUAAAUUAGAAGUGAACAGCUUGCCUUUCCACUAAGUAUAUCUUCUUGUUGGCAUUGUUUUGAGAGAAGGUGCAGGGUUGGGUUUAACUUUAGUAGAGAACUUGGCAAACUGGUUGGAUCUUUACAAUGUUGGACAGUUGCUAUUGAGCAUCGUGUGUGUGUGUGUGUGUGUGUAAAAUCACUCUCUCCCUAUAAGCACACAAUGUUAUUAACACUUGGUUAUCUUUCAAGGUGUGGGCACUGAAACUACAGAAGUUUCCCCAAGAAAGUUAGGGCCAAAUAAUGGAUAAUGCUAUGGUCUGUGAGGUGUUUCCAGGAUUGCAGCGAUUUAACAAACUAGUUUUGGUGUGGUAUGAAAAAGAGUGGUUUAGAACAAUAGCCUUGAAUAAAAUGACUUGUAAUGGCUACAUACAUGCCUUAGACUCUUUGUGAAAGGAAGCUGUGAACAGUUAAGGUUUUGAGUCUAUGGCAGCAAUGGGCAGAGUUCAAACUUUCAGGAUCUGCCUCAUUUUUUACUGGAAUCCCGAGAGAGCCACUAACUGGAGGCAUGUGCAAAAGAGGUAGAAUUAAAGAAUUCUAGGCCCAGGAAUUUGGUUUAAGUCCCAGAAUUGAGUGGAGCUCACAGCCCUUUUGCACACAAGUCUUUGUUCUCCCCCUCUGCCAGCUUUCUUUAUUUUAGCGGCAUUGGGGGGGGGGGGUUAUUGUGCUAAACAAGGUGCCAAAAAUCCUGGCUGAUACAUUUCAAAAUUCCCUCAGUUUCCAAAUAGAUUAUGAUCUACCUUCUGCCCACCCCCUGGUCUAUGGAAUUGAUCACAUCCACUCAAAAGGAAGAGCUUCAGCGUGCCAUGAGCUUAAGAAAAAACAACAAUCAUAAAGGGCAAACCUCUUCUGCUUUCAGUGGCUUGAUCAUACUGUGAAUGCAUACUUGCUACUCAAGUUCUGGAAUUGCAAGCUGCUGCUUAUGAAAACAAAGACUGCUGUGUCAUUGUUAGCAGGCAAGCUGAGAUCUUAAGCACCUAAAGAGGAGCAGUUAACCGAUAACUGUCUUGGCUGCUUUUUUCAACCAUUUCUUAACAAAGGAAAGAGAAUCCAGAGUCACGAAAAAGCAUGUUUCAUGAAAACAUUCCCCAACAAUAGCAGAUCCUAUGCACAACAACUUGCAUCAAGGGUCAGUGCAGUAUCUAUUAAAGUCAAACAAGAGGUCGGCAUAUUGAUUAGUUUGUGAAUGGACUUUGAGAGAUAGAUGUUACAUUUUUACUGCCUUGGAGGACUUUGAAUUUUGGGCAUGGAGGCAAGAUACAGAAGCUAGAUAAAUUGUGAAUGGGCAGUAAAAUGGCAAGUGCAGUUCAAUGUAAACAAGUGUAAAGUGAUGCAUGUAGAGGCCAAAAAACUUGAUUUCACAUACCGUAUUUUGCGCCCCAUAGGAUGCACCGGCCCAUAGGACGCACCUAGUUUUUUGGGGGGGAAAUAAAGAAAAAAAAAUUAUUUCCCCCCCUGGUGCGGGGCUGGAAGAACCAGGUCGGGGAACAGCGGGAAGGCGCGCUCUGCCUCCCCGCUGUCCCCCGAGCUUGUGGGGCUGGCGAUGGGGAGAAGUGCACUGAGCCUGGGACUGCAGGCACCUCUGCGCAGCCAUGGGGAGCCGGGCGGGACUUUGCGCCCGGCUCCCGAUGGCCGCGCAGAGCUGCGCUGAGCCCGGGACUGCAGGCAGCUCUGCGCGGCCAUCGGGAGCCUGCAUUCGCCCCAUAGGACGCAACGUGAUAAUGUUCCUAAAAUUAUGCAUGGAGGAGUGAAUAGAGAAAUGUUUUCUCAGUGUGCUAGAACUUACAGGCAUCCAGUGAAGUUGAAUGUUGGAAGAUUCAGGGCAGAAAAAAAGGAAGUACUUAUUCACACAGCUCAUCAUUUGAGUGGAAUUUGCUCCCACAAGGGGCAUCAUGAGUAGCAAUUGCAUGGCUUUGAAAGAGGAUUAGACAAAUUCAUGGUGGAUAAAGCUAUCAGUACCAAUCAGGGCUAUCAUCUGCCUUCUUGGUAGGAGGCAGUAUGCUAGAAACUGCAGGUCAGAAGAGCGCUGUUCUGCUCAGGUCCUACUUGUGCGUUUCUCAUGGGCAUCUAUCUGGUUGACCACUAUCAAGCAGUCAAUCAUUUUAUUUGUAUGCUAACUUUCCAAAGUUAUAGCCAUGCUCAAGGUGGCUAGCAUAAUUACCAACAUAAGAAAAGUAGUCAUAAACAAGCAAACAUCAAUAAGUACACAUUGAACCAUUUCCAAAUAAAUCAUAAGAUCUAGAUUAAAUAUACAAAAAAACAACCCAAUACCAGUAACACCCCACAACAAUACCCCCUAAAUGAUACCCCAGCCAAGAGUCUGUCCAGCAGCCUCAGCUUUUGCAGCUGGAGUCAGUCAGGGUCCUGCCCUCCCAGGCCAGGUGGGAAAAGGUCUGGGAGGGGCAGGGCAGGGAGCAGGAUGAGUGCAGGAUUUUGGAAUAGAUUGGCUACUGGCCAGAUACAACUGCUGUUCUUAAGUUCUUUCACUAUAAACCCGGGGUAGGCAGAAGGCAGAUGGAGAUCUACAAGCAGAUUGCAGAAUGAUUAAGAGUACGUCAGGUGAGUUUCUGACCCCAAACUGUUUAACAAUAGCAAAAUAUAUUCCCCACUCCCAAUUGGUUUUGAAUACCUGUAGCAUCUCAAAUGUAGAUUUUGCUCUCCUAUAUGCAGGUAAUCCCUGUAUUUGGGUGAAUGAGUUAACUGGCUCCAUCCUUUUCAUAAGUAAGCCCACAGGCAUUACUAGCCUGCAAAGGUCUUUAUCAGCAUGCUGAGGGAUUUGAGGUCUUGAUAGGACAGGCAACUGGACCAACCAAAAACAAGAAUUUCAGAAGAAAUGAAUGCAAAGUUCCACAUCUAGGUAGGAAGAAUGAGAUACACACAUACAGAACAGUGUAGCACCUAGCUUGACGACAGGAUAUGUUUAAAAGAUAUAGGUGUUAAAACAGAAACUGAAUAUGAGUAGGAAUGCUGAAUAAUUUUGUUCAUUGAUGCUGUCUGUGUUGUGGGCUGUAGUUCCCAUAAUCCCUGACCAUUGGCCAGUCUAGAUAGUUGUUAGGAGCUAUACAGUGGUACCUCGGGUUACAUACACUUCAGGUUACAUAUGCUUCAGGUUACAGACUCCACUAACCCAGAAAUAGUGCUUCAGGUUAAGAACUUUGCUUCAGGAUGAGAACAGAAAUUGUGCUCCGGCGGUGCAGCAGGAGACCCCAUUAGCUAAAGUGGUGCUUCAGGUUAAGAACAGUUUCAGGUUAAGUACGGACCUCCGGAACGAAUUAAGUACUUAACCUGAGGUACCACUGUAGUCCAAAGCAUCUGUAGGGCACCAUCUUGGCUACUGCAUUAGGUUUGUCUUCAAACCAUUCAUAGCACAAGCUGUGAAUGAGGUUUGUUCUUGGCUUAUUGCUUGUGGUUCAUAUGGGGGAAAACAAACCCAACCAGGGCUUAGCUCCCAACAGUACAGGUGCAGUAGGACCGAAGGAGAAGUGGAAUGGUUGUGAUUUUCAGUCUUUGCACCACCAUGCUGCAUGCUCACCUUUAAACCGUGGUUGAGCUUGACCAUGCUUUGAAAGUGACAUGUGAACCAGCCCACUAGUUUUUGAGCGGUCUUCGAGGGCAGCCUCAUUGCAGCACAUUGCAUUAACAUUUCAGGAGUGUAAAGAAUUGUAGCCACUCUCCCUCUGUUUGACAUGGCUAUAGCUGGCUACGGGUACUUUGUGUCUUGAAUGCCACUUCAGCCGCCAAUGGGAAGGUCAGAUCUAAAAGCACCCUCAAAAUUAACACCUGAAUCUUUAGGGAAAGUGCACCCCCAUCCAAAGCAGCCUGAACACCACCUCUCAGGUCAGAGAAUGCCUGAUCUCUCAACCACAUAGGCUUUACCAGGGAUUUCAGUAGUCCUGAUCGUCAAGCCACUCCUCACUUACUGCUUCAGUCUUUUAGUUCUGAAAAUUGUAAUUGAAUAACAGAAAAGGAGCACCCCUUUUGUGACGCACAAGUCCUAAAAGCAGAACAAAUAAAUGUGUGCUGGCAGUUAUGCUAGCAUUAAACAGAAUUAGCAGCUGGCAGAUCUUGAUAAAUGAAUUGUAAAAACUGCAGUUUGCGUACCCAGGAGGGAGCGACAACAUUAAAUAUUGAGUAAAGGUUUGGUGCUGUGAUGGAUUCCUCUGUGCACAUUCGGUAGCUGCGUAUUAUCCUCAAGAUUAGUACCAAACAACAAAGGCAGCAUUGAGACUGCCCCAGUUGUCUUAAUUGAUAUCGGACUAGUUCUGUUAGAGGUUACACUUCCUUCGCUGCUGCUUUGAUCCUUCUGUAUUUUUCUUUUCUUUUGCCUGAGUAGGCUAACAAAGCAGAAUUUCAACAAUAUGUCGGGGGUCUCACAAAACUGUACGGGUCAAAGCAGAUCUUGCGAAAGAUCGUCCUUCUGAUCCGUUCAGCCUGGGCCUCCUGCUAUGUUGAGCCUGUGUUGACUUCCAGUCAAGUGUAGCGAGGUGGUUCUGUUCAUGCUCUUGCUACAUCAGCAGCAGUGUGCCAUAUGCUUACCUGGGUUGAAUUAAGUGAAUGUUGAUGGUGUACAUGUGGCUGAGAAGCAGGCAUGGACUGGCUGAAAAUGGGAGCAUCAGCUAAAGGAGAGGGUUGUGUGAAUAGGCCAUGAAUCGUUAAGGCAAUACUGUACAUUGCUGCUCCCAAUUUUCUGCUGCUGUUAUGUUUGCUCUGAAGUAGAGCUAAGGAUUCGCAAAGCUAUGUUGAAGGUGUGUCUAACCCAAUGAUAAAUCUUGAAGAUAAGCUUUAGUAUGCCUAGGAAUAUACCAGACUAAGCUUCUGACCUUCAGAACUCAUCACAAGCUCUUCCCAGGCAGUCUGAUUUGGGGCUGGUCUUGCCAUAUUGCCAAGGCUGGCUGUUUUCAGAGUUCUGCUUCAAGGCAGUGUAUACAAUUGCUGCAGUGUUCAACAGGUGGAACCCCUGUGCACUCUGCCUCUCUAGUGGGGUGUGUUUGCAUACUCUUGUCACCAGGGAUUGGAUGAGACCUUUUAGCAUAAUCUCCAGCCUACUUUUUAUUUUCUUUCUGCACAGCACAGUGUAUAUCUACAAUUCGUCUGAGAGUUUAUUUCCAUCUUCUUGGUUCCUUUCAUUCUGAAUAUUCUGUGUCUCUUUCCACUUCAUCAGAUUCAUCAGGAUUUAUUUUUGAUGUGCAGUCCAAUACUGUGAUGGCUCAAGGAGGUACCUUUGAAAACAUGAAAGAGAAGGUAAGGAAUUUCUGAACAGUUCUUGUAGCUGGGAGUUUGGCAUGUUAUAUUGCUGCUAGGUUAUUAUGAUCUGCGACGGACAGAAAUUUGGAGUAGAUAGAGACCUCUGCUGUAGGCAAAGCUGUUACCCCUUUUGAUUCUUUGAUUCCUGUACUACUGGUUUGGGGGGAAAUGAUCUCUCUGUAACUCUCCAUUUCUCCCUUGCCUCCUUUCCUCUGCCAUUCCUGCAAGUGACUUUAAAGCCGUGAUUGAGACAUGUGCAUUACCAAAAAAAGGGAGGGGAGCUAGCAUUUAUUUGGGGGCAGAGAUGUACUGGCCAGUUGCAUUUGGCAACAUAUUGAGUCAUAAUGUAAGCGUUGCAGUAAUAACUGAAGCAAAAGGGACCCAGGUGGCUUCAGGGCUGCUGUGUGUUCAUGUUGCCUCCAGCUAUAGCGUCUGUGAGAGGUUUGCUUCCUUGGGAUGGGCUUCAGAAAAACAUUGCCAGAGAAAACAACACUAAUGGGCUGUUCCCAGAGCAAAACUGAAACUGACAUCAGCUGGAAGAAAAGAAACUUAACUAGUUUCCUGUGUUGGAAGCAAGGGGAAAUGUUUGACUUGGAAGCAAGUGGUUAAUAUGUGACCUGCAUAUCUCAUUUUUCUAGAUCAGUGCUGUGAGAGCAAUAGUCCCCAACCGCAGCAACAACGAAAUUAUCUUGGUGUUGCAGCACUUUGAUAACUGUGUAGAUCGAACGGUGCAGGCUUUCAUGGAAGGUGAGUUUUUUAAUAACCAGGUUCUAUCUCAGAUGCUGGCUAUCAUCUAUGAUGGGGAUAAAUGGUGGGAAGGGGUUAUGGGCCUUGCAUUGUGAAUAUGUGCAGUUACAAACUCUUCACUUUUGCACCUAGUUUAUUUGGUGUGGGUGUUUGUGAUUCUUGGUUUUGUUGGGGACCAGGAAGGUAACAUUUGGGGUGUGGAAUUUGGUAUGGAGAAAGACUGGAAAAGAAGGAAGGGUGUAAGAGUAAAGAGUUCCACUCUGAACGUUUAUUUCCUUUGCAUGUUUUACAUGCAAAGACAAUCCACAUAAAAGGGAAAAUCAGUCCUCAGCUCUGUAAACUGUUGAGGGGAAAGUCUCCUGGGCAACUAUUUGACAAAGAUCACAAGCAAGCACGACAUCCAAAUAUGCAUCAUUGUGGCAAAAUAGAUAUUCCUGCAACUUUCACACAAGUAUACAUACUUAAAACAAAUAUUUGGUUCAUGUAGGACAUAUGUGUGCAAAGCCCCCAAAAUACUGUUUUCUAACUUUUUAAUGAAGAAGCAGCCAUACAUUUCUAGAUUUUACUUUCAGUCAACGUGGGCUAGAAAUUUGUUUCUCGGCUCAGAAGUUUGUGUGCUUGGAUCAGUACAAUUUUGCUUUAGCAUCUGGGUUCUAUAUUGCACCAUCUUGACAAUAUAAAUUCCCACUUUUCCUGCUUCAUUCUUUUGUAUAUGCUUAUGUAGGUACAUGAACAUUUAAAUGUUUAUUACUUGAGGCUGGACAAGAGCCAGUUUGCUGGCCAGUCCAAAUGUACCUCUCAUUAAAUGGUAAUUGUCUUUAGACUACAUAGGGAGAGUUUUUCUUGGCUUUUCUCAGAAUGAGCAGCACAUUGGUUUCAUUCCUGAAUAUGUUUUCUUUCUUUCUUUCUUUCUUUCUUUCUUUCUUUUUUUGCAUAUACUCUUUCAGAAUCUAUUUAGGAUCCACAUGAAACAAAAAGGUCUUAUUUCGGUAUAGGAUUGAAACUAGAAUUGUACGCACAGAGUUUUUAAACUCUUUUGUCGCUACACUACCAUAAAAAAAAAUCAACCAAUAUGUAAAUUAUCUAUGCAAUGGCUAGAAAUAAUUUUUUAGUUACUUGGAAGUUAGUAGGCUGUACUUCCAGUGCCAGGAAACACCUCUGUAUUAAUGCAGUUGUUUUUUUAUAUAUAUAAGAUAUUUAUUAAGGUUUUUUUAAAAUAUUACAAUAGAAAUGAAAAAGAAAAGAGAAAAAUACAAAAUAAAAACAGUUAAAAACAAACAUAUUUUCAGUUACUUAUUUUCCUUUAGCUUGUUUCCUGGACCUCCUCAUACCUCCCUUUUUUGUAUUCCACUUCGAUUUAUUGGUUCAGCAAAUCCUUACCAUUAGAUUUUAACCCAUUUAUAACCCUUUUUUUCAUAUUCUCUUAAAGCAUUACAGCUAGAAACCGCUUAAUUACUAUCCAACAUCAUUCUGUAUUAAUGCAGUUUUAUUGCUCCAGCACAUGCGUGCUGCGACACAUUGCGUGGAAUACUGUGAUUCAGAAGGGGCACACUUGAGUUCAAAUUAGAUCUCUGCAGCAGCCUGUAUCAGUUUUAUCUAGUUCUCGCUGACAUUUCUUGUGCCCAAACCAAACAGGCACUUUGUAACAUACAAAGACUUUUAAUAUCAAACACAGAAAGAGAAAAUUCCUACAAGAGCAUUUGGAUGCCCCUUGUACGUAAAUCCUCAUCCCUCCUUCGUUUUCCUGGCUCUAAUUUCAUGGAAAUUCAGGCUCUGCUAUAUUUUUCUCUUCGGUUUUUUUGGUCAAAAACUCUCAGAAAACACCUGGGGAUAAGAGGAUGGUCUGCUUUCCAACCCAUGGGCAGAAAAGAAAUAUAUAAUUCUUUCCUUCAUGUGCUAUCUGCGCCACAUCAGUUACUUAUGUAACUCUAGAUUCUCUUUUAAUAUCUCGUGUUACUAUCUCCUUUCUACUUCACAUUCAUAGCGCAUAAUUCAUAAUACAUUUCUGCUUACGAUUUUUCUUUUUCGAAAACAGGUAGUGCCAGUGCAGUGUUGAAAGAAUGGACAGUAACUGGAAAGAAAAAGGUAAGCCUUCAUUUGGUCUUGAACUGCAGUGUAUUGGGUUGGUUUGGAGUCUUUCUGGAAGGACCAUGGGGCUUUCUAAGCCCAUCUUCUUGUACCACUCACACCAAACGGCAAUGACGCAAGAAAAAGAGAAUUUGUCAUAGGGCAGCACUGCGUAUUUAUUACUAGAUAACGUUGAUCUGAGAAACUACUCCAGUGUCUGGUAGCUUUUGGAACAAAGUUUCAAAACCACAAUUCACUUCUGCUUAGCAUUAUUGGUGUGUGUGUGUGUGUGUGUGUGUGUGUGUGUGUGUGUAAGUAAAAUACUGCCCUAUACUGCAGGUUGGUUCACAGAAUAAACAGAAUAUAAAACCACAAACCAUUCAUGAGAGACGGUAUCAUGUGGGAACAUUUUCAGCUGGCAUGCUGAAAAAAAUUCCUAGCCCUGCAAAACUGUUCCUUGGCACCUGUCUAUUAGGCUUCUUCCAGGUUCAGGGGUAGUUUUCUGAUUUCUUGAUUAAAUUGUUAUCCCUUUGGCCAGUGAAAAUGUUACUCAGCCAUGUCCCUGGCUUCUAAGAUUUCACAGUGUGGUUCUCACUCGCUGUCAAGCACACCUUUUCAGUUGCAAGGGCUAAAAAUGGAAAGCUGCAACUCUCAGAGCCCAUGAGAGCCCAGUGACACAUCCUGUGCCUUUUCUGCAUUUGUACAAAAUAGUGGUGUGCACACAUCUGUGAGUGCAGCCAGUCCUUCAGAAUAAUUGAUGGUUGAGAGCAGUAUUUUUAAUGUUCUCCUGCACUAAAGUCUUUCUCUAUGCACAGUUGCCAUGCAUAGUACACUUGGGCCACAUUAAUCUCAGUCUGUCGGUUCUAAUUGUUAAAUAAAUCCAUCCCACUUUUAAGGGAUCAAUGCCUAGGACGUUCAGCUAUAAAGUAUCUAAUUAUCUGAUGUUCAAGUAGUAAGAAUGAUCCUGGAAAUUAAGCUUAGCGUUUUUCUUUCCUCUCCCCCUUCCCCCUUGGUGGGGUGGAUAUAUUAAUCCCUAGAACAAAAAGAAGAAAACUAAGCCAAAGCCUCCUGCAGAAUCGAGGGCCAGCCUUCCUGACCCCAGCAAGCCAGCAUCCACCGAAGAAGAACAGUCUGUAGCCUCAUCUGAUAAGGGUGGGAUCAACGGUUACCAUGUCAAUGGCUCGGCCAAUGACACAGAGUCUGUGGACUCACUCAGCGAAGGUUUGGAUGCGCUUUCCAUAGAUGCCAGAGAGUUGGAGGAGGGCGAGCCUGCAAUGCCUGAGGUGCCUGAUGGAGCAGGUUAGUUCUCUGUCAGGUUGUUGCCGAAAAGCAGUACUGCUGCUUGUGUGUGUAAAGAAAUAGGAGGGCCUUGUUCUCUCCCUUCCGCUGUGCUUAAAUAUGUAAUAAUAAUAAAAACAGAUUAAAUACCUUUUUUGCUCUUUAGCACUUUUAACAGAAAGGAGGCCAGCUAGUUCUUUGGAAAUAUGGUGGAAACUAUUCCAGGUUCCCAGAGGAAGGAGAUGGCAAUAGGAGCGAAUUCUGCUACAGUCGUACCUUGGAAGUCAAACGGAAUCUGUUCCAGAAGUCGUUUCAACUUCCAAAAGGUUCGGAAGCCAAAGGACAGCUUCUGAUUGGCUGCAGGAAGCUCCUGCAGCCAAUCAGAAGCUGCGGAAGGCACAUUGGACGUUUGGCUUCCCAAAAUAGUUUGCAAACCGGAAGAGUCACUUCCAGGUUUGCAGCGUUUGGGAGCCAAAACGAGAACUAAGCUGUUCAAAAACCAAGGUAUGACUGUAUAAGGUUGGGUAUCUAAAUUUUGCACUAAAGGCUCACUUAGAAGUGGCUUCAUAGAGAUGGAUGCUAGUGUAUCUUCUAGGUAGAUGAGCGUUCAUAGCACAUUGUUCUUUCUGGCGAUAUGGUGCUCUGCCAAAACUAUAAAGAGGUGCCUAGGAAAAAUAGUUUGGGAACCCUGGCUUACAUAAUUGCACUGUUUUACUGUGUUAUGUUCUUCAGAUGCAUGAAGGUAGGACCUUCUUUUCCUCCCUCUUUAGUAACAUUAGAAAACGGGCUAGCAGACCUCAGUCCAAAGCCUGCCACCACACGGUCUUCCCAGAAUGCCCAGCCUCUCCGGGUGCAGCCUGAACUGAGAAGCUCCAGCAAGCCGCUCUCCAGGCCUGUAUCCAGCAACCAUUCACCUGCCCCUUCAUCUCUGACGAUGCUGGAUGAGGUCCCUGCGUCCUCUGGAAACAAAAAGCUAGGUAGGCUGGGUGGGAUCUGUGACUGCUGCAUGAUUCUGUUGUUCAUUUUCUAGGCUUCGCUGAGCACAUCAUAGUUUCACCGAGCAGAUCUGGAAACAGCUACAGAGUGACUACAUCUGUUCUAAUUACUGGGCUGAAAAGUUUUAAUGUGUGCCGCCUCUUGUCUCACUAUGGGGGUAGGAAUGGAUAGCAUUGGACUAGGAUCCGAAAGACACCUAGGUCAAGAGCCUGCUCAGCCAUAAACAACACUGGAUAACAUUGUCCCAAGUCACUCUCAGCCUGACCCUCCCUCACAGCUUCUAUGAAGGUAGAAGAGGAAGAACCUGACCCACCAUAUAUGCUGCUCCCAACUCCUUGAAGAAUGGUGGUAUAAAAGAUGAGAGAAAUAAAUGUGCCCACAUCAAUGGGAUCUUGAAAACUGGAUAUAAAAUUGAAAGCUGUUAGCUAUUAGUUCCAUAUGCUGUAAAGAGUGUAUACAAAGGCAUUAGAGAUGUACAGUUGUACUUUGAAAGUCGAACGCCUUGGGAGUCGAAUGUUUUGGCUCCCGAACGAUUGAAAACCGGAAGUGAGUGUUUUGGUUUUCGAAUGAUUUUCGGAAGCCAAACGUCUGGCGCGGCUUCCGUGGCUUCCAGUUUGCUGCAGGGAGCUCCUGCAGCCAAUCAGAAGCCAUGCCUUAGCUGUCGAACGUUUUGGAAGUUGAACGGACUUCGCAAAUGGAUUCCGUUCGGCUUCUAAGGUACGACUGUAUUCUGUUUGUCUUGUUCAUGUCCAGCAGUCUUAGGAACAUGUCUGCAUGCUGCUCCUCAGCCCAAUAUAAAUUAAUCAUUUAUAUUACUGUUCUGCAGCUCUUUGGGCUAGAUUCAACUAAAUAAUUGCACUAGCAGGAACCAGCAAUAUAAGUCCCACUGGUGCAAAGUGAUUUUUCUCAGCUUUUUUUCCUCCAUACACUGCCCUCCUCAAAUCAGCUUUGGGAUUAGAACAGCAAAAGAAGGAAAAAUGGUUCCGUCUAGCACACAGAAAUAUGUGUGCUGACAGAACAAUUGUAAUAGCACAGCAUUGAAUUUUUUAUGUCCAUUUAUUAUCUUGUAAAAAUGCAUUAAGAAGACGUUUUCUAAACAAUAAAUCACCAUCCUUGUCUUUCACUGUGUUUUAACACAAACACUGUGCUAGCUGCUACUUUGGUAUCUUACACCUGGUGGGUCCUGAGUUGUGAUCUUCCUGUGGAAGAUUGAAACUGAUGGCUCACCUCCUCCUUCCCCACUGCCUUGGUGGUAACUUUCCAAGCCUGCUUUAAUGUCAGACUGCUGCCACCCCUGUAGUUCUUGUCCAGUUUUAUGCUUGUUCUGCAAGUCCUGUGGUUGGGGAAGAAAUUGCAUGCAGAAUUACUGAGCAGUCUCCCAGCUCCGAGGCUUAUCCCCUGGAUGAUUUGAGAACAUAAGUCACCAGGCGAAAUGUCUCUUCCCUGUUGAAUUUGAAUUCCAGCUCUGCUUCCAUUUGGGCUGCAGAGACCUCUUGUAAGGUACAGAAUGUGUUAGGUAAGCCGGGGCUUCAUUUGCAGAGCGCAUUAGGCAGACAGUCUGCUGAAAUUGAAUUUAAUUAAAUUGCCUAGUGGUGGGAGGAUUAUGAGCGCUUUAAUAGGAAUGUUGCAUCUUUGUUGAGCAGGCUAUAGAUGACACCCUGUCUGUUAACUGCCUUUCCUCCAGCUGCUAUAAAACUAAGACACAGAGUUGGUUAACUGAAAUCCUUUAAUUAGUUGGUUUUCCUGCUCAAUCGUUGCCCACUGUUCAUAUCAUUUAGAAUUUGUACUAUCCCAUAUUUUUUCACCAUGUUCCUUACUGGAAACUUUUCAAGAUCGUGUACAUUUUUCCCAUGACGCGAGCCAGUAUCUCAAAGAAACCUGGUGGUUAAUGAGAAGCGGCAGUUUCUUACCAUUCCUUCCUUUAGUCUCCUCUGUUCCUGUCUCUACCUGUCGGCAGCAAGGACCUCCAAGACCUUGAUUCUAAGCAUGGCCAUUAUCCCUAACUUCGGGGAGAGAUGAACAUCCGGCUCCCAGCAUCAAUGGUUCACCUUCUCGCAGUAACAAGGGCUAUAACAAGCAACUGGCAGUUUAGCUUAGCAGGGGGUGAACACUUUAGCAUGCCUUGGUGAUGGAAAUAAGCAUGGAGAUGUGCUCUGCUGGAGAGAUGAGGCAGAGUGUCUAUAACCUUUAUUGCUCUCUCUUGAGUCUUUCAUCUUUUCUUUUAGAAGAAACUACUCUUGUACAAGGGACGCGGGUGGCGCUGUGGGUUAAACCACAGAGCCUAGGACUUGCUUGAUCAGAAGGUUGGCGGUUCGAAUCCCCGCGACGGGGUGAGCUCCCAUUGCUCGGUCCCUGCUCCUGCCAACCUAGCAGUUCGAAAGCACGUCAAAGUGCUAGUAGAUAAAUAGGUACCGCUCCAGCGGGAAGGUAAACGGCGUUUCCAUGCGCUGCUCUGGUUCGCCAGAAGCGGCUUAGUCAUGCUGGCCACAUGACCCGGAAGCUGUACGCUGGCUCCCUUGGCCAAUAAAGCGAGAUGAGCGCCGCAACCCCAGAAUCGGUCAUGACUGGACCUAAUGGUCAGGGGUCCCUUUACCUUUACCUACUCUUGUACAGAUUUGAGUUUACUAGGGGGAAACGCCUUCUCAAAGUUAAAACUCUGAAAUUUAAUUCAUAAUUAGAUGCCCCACAUGUGCACACAGUCCAGUGCAUCUGGCGUAUUCUUGAAGUCAAGAUAUCAUCUUCUGGUCAAUCUGGUAAUCUGUUUUAUUUAAAAAAAAAAAUCAAAUGGGUACUUCAUGGCAAUAAGUCAGUAGUUGACUAUGUAUUAAUUUCAUUGCUGAAUGCAAGCCCCACUAGGAUGAGUCUCACCUAGGAACUUUGAUUGGGAACUCCUGAGUUGAUUCUACUGAAGGCAGGGCUUACAUUUGCUGCUGAAUUUAAACUUUGUGCCGGAUGCAGGCCUGCUUUUACCAGGAACCUUUGCAGCCAUGGCUUAAUUCAUGUGAAGGAAGAGAGGAAGAGCACCCCUUAGAGUGUGUGCCCAAAACUUCCUUUUGAAAUUGAAUUGCCUAGCUUCAAGGGAUUUACCGGUCGGCAGUCCCAUGCAGCUGUCAAAAAUGCUCCAUGGAGAAUUGGCCAGUUCUGGAUUGGGCCUUCAGGCGGAUCCAGUUCGUCACCUCUGCUUUUAUAGCAAUUUGGAAAACUUGGAUGGACUAAUACUAGAAGGCUUUGUGUGUUUCUUUUCCCCCGGCAGGUUCUAAUAUUGAAAAAUCAGUGAAAGACCUCCAACGGUGCACUGUGUCACUGGCUCGGUAUCGUGUUGUAGUUAAAGAAGAAAUGGAUGCCUCCAUUAAGAAAAUGAAACAGGCCUUUGCAGAACUUCAGAGCUGGUAUGCUAACACCUGUAGAGGCUGAAUUAUUCAGAUAUGAAUAAGUUUAACAUGUCUUGGAAAAUGGCAACCACUUUACUUUUAUGAGUGUUUUCCUUGGGGCCUGUCACUUGUAAGGUAGUCAUGUAGGUAGUGUACAUGGUCAAGUGUAUCUUCUCAUUGAUGGUGGUUGUUUGGAAAGGCUGCCACCAGUAACUGAAGCUGGUGGUGGUCUUCAUGUUGGCUACCAAUCCAAGCUAUUGGACCCUGAAACAUCAUAUGACAGUUCUGCAUUAAAGGCAGUCACAAUCUCCUCCCAUUGUUCCUUGAAGCCGCUGAACUAUGCAUGUCUUGAAAUGCCCACAACUCCCCCUUUUGGGGGAAGAGCUGAAGACGUGAAGCCCCUGAUCUGUAUGCCAAUGGUUCCAGGUUUAAAAAUCCCCUGUGAGGCCCUUGUUGCAAUUGUGCACUCUGACGUGGUGAAGCAUAACUAAAUUCUGAAGGAAUAGAUAUUUAAUUCAGGGGUUGCCAGUGGGGCACCCAUGGGCUCAGUGGUGCUCUUGAAGUCUUCCCCUGGUCAGAUGGCAAAACAUCUGAGCCCCUUGGUCAAAAGGUGGCGAGGGCAGUCACCUCUGUCUUCCUUGAAAAGCACACAUUGCUGAAGGAAAAAGUUGGAAGAGUGACACCCUUUCCAGUUUCCUUUUUCAACUCAUGUGCUUUCCAAGGCUCAAAAUUCGCAUGCACUUCCUCCCUGUCUCUCAGGUGAGUGGGCUCUUCCAGAGGGGAAAAUUCGCAUGCACUUCCUCCCUCUCUCUCAGGUGAGUGGGCUCUUCCAGAGGGAAAAAGUGACUGAGGCAGUUACUGAGUUUUGCCCAUAGUAUUAGCAUAUUUCUGUAGUGGUUCCCCAUCUGUGGGAUGCUCUCCCCAAGGAAGUUCAGCUGGUGCUUUCAUUAUACACCUUUAAGUGUCAGGGGAAAAUGUUCCUCUUUGACUAGGCCUUUGGCUGAUCGGCAUCCAAUGCCCUUUUAAAAUGUGUUGGGGGGGGGGUUGGGUUGCUUUUGUUUUUAUUAUGUAUUUCGUGUUUUUACAUUGUGAUUUUAUGAUGUAAUCGCCCUGACACCUGCGCUGUGGUCGAAACCACUGACCCUCUUGGGCUUGCCGAUUGACAGGUCCGCGGUUCGAAUCCCCUCAACAGGAUGAGCUCCCAUUGCUCUGUCCCAGACUUCUGCCAACCUAGCAGUUCGAAAGCACACCAGUGCAAGUAGAUAAAUAAGUACCGCUGCAGCGGGAAGGUAAACUGUAUUUCCGUGUGCUCUAGUUUCCGUCACAGUGUUCCAUUGCGCCAGAAGCAGUUUAGUCAUGCUGGCCACAUGACCCGGAAAGUUGUCUGUGGACAAACGCCGGCUCCCUCGGCCUGAAAGUGAGAUGAGCGCCACAACCCCGUAGUCGCCUUUGACUGGACUUAACCGUCCAGGGGCCCUUUACUUUUACCUUUAUAGGGCGGUAUACAAAUUUAAUAAAUAAUAAUAAUCAAUUGGUCAAGUAUCAGUGCCCCUUUCUGUGGGUUAUAAUCUCUGCAAAAUGAGAGCUCUAGUUUUGCUAGCUUAAAAAGUCCUCCUCUUGUAACAAUUAAUUCUUUGCUCUUUGACUCACACUUGCGUCACGUUCAGAAAGGUCAAAGACCCGAGUGUGGUUCAGCAGCCUGGCUCAGAUAAGUCUGUGUGUCCCAGUUGCUAUGGGAAGGGUGAGGGUGGAAUCAGCAGAAACCAGGAAGUUCAGUUCCGUGACACAGGGAUAUAUAGUGCCUGUUUGGAAGCAAGCCAGGGGAACCUCCUUCAAUAAAUGUCAAGUAGAGAAGGUUCCUGCAGGGAGGCUUUUGUACACAGGACUGAUAAAACACUGAGCCUGGGGUCAGUUUGGCUCUACAUUAUAGCCAAGAUUAUUUGCCUUUUCCUUAAAACGCAGUGACGGGUCUGCUAGAAAGAAUUUCUUCCACAUUCCCUGUGGGUUUCAAGGAACAACUGUUGCACGGGUUGAAGUCAGUGCAGACAAAUGGAAUGCUUUUCUGUCCAUUUCUGAGGAAACCAAUUCAUGUCAGUAUGUAAAGCAGGAAGGGUGUCACAGGAGCAACCGGUUUUGGAAGAAUUUUAGUUUUAGAUGCUGUGAUGGUUGACACAGCACAAUUGUUCCUUAACACCACAGGAGUUGCAGUUGGUUUUAAAAAGAUGUUAUAUUGUCAUAUUGUCUUCCGUAAGACAUACCAAGCAGUGGAACGAGAACAGAACACAAUGCUAAGCUUUUCUUUCAAUAGAUUUCCCUCCAGAGAACCAGCCUUCCUGUGGCAGAAACAGUUGCCUUAGGCUGUGUGUGUGGUCCUUUGAGGUGCCAUUUCAGAUUAUGUGGGCAACAGCAUUUGCAGCAAAAGAAUUAAGGCCACCUAGAACUGUAGAAAAGGGAUGCAGGUGGCGCUGUGGGUUAAACCACAGAGCCUAGGACUUGCCGAUCAGAAAGUCGGUGGUUCGAAUCUCCGCGACGGGGUGAGCUCCCAUUGUUCGGUCCCUGCUCCUGCCAACCUAGCAGUUUGAAAGCACGUCAAAGUGCAAGUAGAUAAAUAGGUACUGCUCUGGCGGGAAGGUAAACGGCGUUUCCGUGUGCUGCUCUGGUUUGCCAGAUGUGGCUUAGUCAUGCUGUACGCCGGCUCCCUCGGCCAAUAAAGUGAGAUGAGCGCCGCAACCCCAGAGUCGGUCACGACUGGACCUAAUGGUCAGGGGUCCCUUUACCUUUAGAACUGUAGAACAUUCUGAAGAAUCAGAGCUUAAACCUCAAAGUCAAGGUUCUUCUGAUUUCCAGGCAGUGAAUUGAUUGUUCGUGCCGUGUUUCUGUGCACUCUAUUAAUAAAGUUAUGUCACAAAUUCUGGAAAGGGCUUGCAGUUUUCUGCUGCCAUCUGUUGGCUCAUUCUUUAUACUGGUACUGAUCCAUUCAAGCUCACUGAACAGCAUGAACAAUUCACAUGCCUCUUGUCCCUGUUCUUUCUGCAUAGGGUUUAUAGCAGACUUGUUUUUUGUCCACAGUCUGACAAUAUACAGGCUAUGAGUGUAAAAGGUUUGCCCCUCUCACCUCUAUCUUUUAUCCUCCUUUUUUUCUAGUCUCAUGGAUCGAGAAGUAGCCCUUCUAGGUGAAAUGGACAAAGUGAAAGCAGAAGCAAGUAAGUAUUUUGUUUUGUUUUUAAAGAAAUUGUGUUAAUAGCAUUUUUGUAUGGAAAUGCAGUGACUUAAAAACAAACAGUGAGCCAGACCUUCUCUCCAGCCCAUUCCAUGUCCCUUCCAAAUAUAAAAUCCAUUAUCUCAUAGGCAAAAAUGGCAUUAAAUGAGUGAAUUCUGAGUACAAAUACCAAAGUCUUGCAGGUAUGGGCAAAACUGCAGUUUCCACUGCUGUAACUAACCUGAGCAACAGGCCGAACAAGGGCUAGGGCACAGACAAUGGGCAGGCUACCCACUGGAGUCUCAUUUUUGGUGUGAGAACAUGAUUAUGAAACUUAAUUCAAUAAGGCUUGUCUAUAAGAAGACUUCAGGAACACCUCAAUAGCUCCAUCAACAGUUGUGUCAUCUGGGUGCAUGGGUCUUAUUUUAAAGAACUAAAUGGCUAGGCAUAACAUACCAAAGAAAUUGCUUCCUCCCUGUGUCCCAUUAUAAUGUCAAAGACAGGCGCAUAUAUCGUACCUUUUGCAUCCCCCCCCCCAUUGGAAAAGUAGCAGCUUCAGUGAGGUAACUAUUUAGCAGGAAAUCAAUCCUGGGGGGAAAGGGUUAACACCACUCCCAACCCUUGGCAUUUCACGUACAAGCAAGAUUGCAUUAAUGUACACAGUUGCUAUUAUUAUUAUUAUUAGCGCGAUUAGCAUUUGAUCCUAUCCGUAGAUCUCCAGUAUUGCAUCAUGUUUAGUCCUGAAAGCUCCAGUUUAACAAAUGCAAUUAGUCCAAGUCAGGGCAGAGUGUGUGGAAGCCUUCUAGGUGGAUUCCUCAUAACUAUUGAACUCCUACUCCCUAGAGUUGGCCUUUUGGGGCUACGUACAGUGGGCGUUUUUAGCAUCUGCUUUAAUGUAGGUUUCAGUUUUGUUCAUUAAUUUGCUGCUUGCAAUGAGCUGCUAAUAUCAGUGAGCCAGUGAUUAGUAUCACUGAGCUGGUUAUGCAACUGCCUUGGGCAUCAUAACCGCUUGGUCUGCAUUCCUUUACAUUUCAGUGGACAUCCUAAGCAGCCGGCAAAAGAAGGCAGAGGCGCUGAAGAAGAUGACUGAUGUGGCUGUCCGAAUGUCCGAGGAGCAGUUGGUAGAGCUUAGAGCUGAUAUAAAGGUGAACCUUGGACUUCUGUGUGCUAUGCUAGCCCUAUUCUUACCAUUAAUCAUGACUGUGGACUAAACAGCUGAUGUAGAAGUCAGAGCAAAGUAGAGUCAGAAAUAGUAACCAUGUAAGGUAAAGGUAAAGGUACCCCUGCCCGUAUGGGCCAGUCUUGACAGACUCUAGGGUUGUGCGCUCAUCUCACUUAAGAGGCCGGGAGCCAGCGCUGUCCGAAGACACUUCCGGGUCAUGUGGCCAGCAUGACGAAGCUGCUCUGUCGAGCCAGCACCAGCGCAGCACACGGAAACGCCGUUUACCUUCCCGCUAUAAAGCGGUACCUAUUUAUCUACUUGCACUUAAGGGUGCUUUCGAACUGCUAGGUGGGCAGGAGCUGGGACCGAACGACGGGAGCUCACCCCGCCGCGGGGAUUCGAACCGCCGACCAUGCGAUCGGCAAGUCCUAGGCACUGAGGUUUUACCCACAGCACCACCCGCGUCCCCUUGUAGCCAUAGCUUAAUUCCCUGGUAUCCUCCUGUUACAGGAGAAUUGUAGCUGAAUUUACCAUAUUUUUCGCUCUAUAAGACACACCAGACCAUAAGACGCACCUAGUUUUUGGAGGAGGAAAACAAGAAAAAAAUAUUCUGAAUCCCAGAAGCCAGAAUAGCAGGAGGGAUCGCUAUGCAGCGAAAGCAGCGAUCCCUCUUGCUGUUCUGGCUUCUGGGAUAGCUGUGCAGCCUGCAUUCACUCCAUAAGACGCACACACAUUUCCCCUUACUUUUUAGGAGGGAAAAAGUGAGUCUUAUAGAGCAAAAAAUAUGGUAUAUUUUGCAUGUAGGAUGGCCCAGGCUCAGUCCAUCGUACCAUUUUGUGUUAAGGAGUCCUCUUUCAUACCUGAGCUGCGAAGAGUCUCUGGAGAAUGUUUGACCUUGAUAGGGUCAGGGUUGAGAGGACUAGGCUAGGCACUGGUCUUCCAACUGGUGGGUCACAGAAUCAUACAGUUGUAGAGUCGGAAGGGACCCCGAGGGUCAUCUAGUCCAACCCCCUUCCUCGCAGGCAGGCAUUUCAGCACAUGGUUGCCCACCCAAUUUAAAACCAUACCAGGCCUUGCAUAGCUUUGCUGAUGUGCUAGCGGUUUUAUCGCUGCACCGCUAGGAGUGGCCUAAUUCGAGGUGGGUUGCAACAGGAGCACUACCACCAUGCAUAUAUAUGGUACAAGAUUAAAAAUUGGGCCCCAAAAUACAUGUCCUGCGUCUGAAAAGGUUGCACAGAGUGGGGGGGGGGGGGAGAGACUUGGUAUCCUCUUGAAACGUGUUGCUGGAAUUGUGCCGAUGUUCACCUUGGUAGCGAAAGAACCUUUGAAAGAACACAUUCUUCAUAAGGAAUCUCUUCUUACUGAUAGUCUCCGGAACCAACUCUGCACAGGGGUGUUUCCAAGGGUGUCUGAAGUUCUAACUUUUUCCUCCAUCUGAAUAAUAGAAAGAACCUCCAAGGUAUUCCAGACUUCUGCCAAUGCAGGAAAUCCACUGCUACAAUAUCCCCAAUCGGUGGCCAUCUAGUCAAAGCUAAGGUUUCAUUAAAAGUUCUCAUUCUGAUCUUUUUUUAUUUCUAAAGAAAACCAAGAUAAAGUGCUCAGAUUAAAUAAAUGUAUGUAAAUUCAUUUGCUUGCAUAAUGCAUUUCAAAACAUUGCAUUCCCCUUUUUCCUGACAAACAUUUGCACUUCACUGGCGUUCAGCAUCUCGUUUAGAGAGAAAUUCCAGUCUAGACAAGAACCUCUCAGCUACCAAGCAGAAACCUUUGCCUGUGCUUUCUCUUUACAUUUGUUCUCACUUUUGUUUUCUAAAAAGUAGAAUAAUCUAUCUGAUCAUGGAGCAUCAAGCAUGCUUGCUUCAAACACAUAGCUCCAAUAAAUGCUCUUUUUUUUUCUACCACCAGAGGGCAGAACAAAGUUGCAUAAACAUCCCACUGAGCUCAGACACACUGCUCCACCAGCAAGACCAUGCAUAAUUUUCAUCUCAUGUAAAUUACCAUUAAUGUAAGGUUACCAGACGUCCCCGUUUCCCAGGGACAGUCCCUGGAUUUACAAAUCAGUCCCCAUACAAAAUCCAUUGAAGUUGAAAAGUGUUCAUUGAAAAAAAUCUGGUAAGCUUACAUUAAUGACACUGGAAUGAAUGUUUUGAAAACGCUUGCAGAUAAAUGGGAUUUCCUUGCAAUUGGAGGGCUUAGUUUUCUGCAGCUGUGUUGGUGAAUCCGGAAGGUAGCAUGUACCUUGGCCACACUCUCGCAAGCUAUGCCUUGGCAGAUCUCUUGGCAUCGGGGCCUCAGCUUGGCUCAAACCCUGAACAUACUUAACAGAACGUCAUUAAUGGAACCUUAACAUGCCGGCAUUUUCCUCUUUAGCACUUUGUUAGUGAGCGCAAAUACGAUGAAGAUCUUGGAAGGGUGGCUCGUUUCACUUGUGACCUAGAUGCACUCAAGAGGAGCAUUGAAUCUUUUGGACAAGGUGAGCCAACCCUGUGUGUGUGUGUGUGUGUGUGUGUGUGUGUGUGUGUGUGUGUGUGUAGUAUAGAUAAGUUCUUCCUCUCAUUUCCAAAGCUAUUAUAAAAAGAAAUAAUUUUAUGGUACCCUAAAGGUGUGAUAAUGCCAUGUUUUGCUGUGACACCAAAUUCAGCAUUGUCUGUGCAGAGGAAGAGGGAAUUGCUAAGUAAGGCUUUAUUGGGGAUUUGGACAUUUCAACUUCAAACUUCUGCCAUUCAUCUGUCUUUUGUCCUUGGGAGGUCAUCUGCUUCAGAGCUCUGAUGGUUGUACUAAUGAAGUGGAAACAGGUGGGGGCUGCAACGAAAUGUUGCAGUUCAUUCUCCCUCCUAAAAGGAGGUGGGCUCCUGUUUUAGAAUUAACCCCACGUAGCCAUUCAACCUUUCCCCUCACUCCUUUCCUCUUGAUGUAUCGCUCCUUUUCCAAUUGUUACUCUACAUUCAGUGGCUAAAUUCAGUCCCUAUUGGACAGUGCGUAAUUUUUGCCACUUUAAGGUGUUUAUCUUUUAAAGGGGGGGAAACUGCAAACCUUGGGACUCAUGCAAGAAUUGCUGCAUUUUGGCUACAGUCCUGUGGCUGACCACCACUUGAGUUCCCUAUUGGGAAAAGUUUGUAAUAUUACCACAAGGGUGCUGCAGGAAUAGAGAGAGAAGACCCCCCCCCCAUGUAACACAUCACCUUUGAAUAUGCAGCACUUUAUCUCUCAUUGUUGUCAAGAGGAAGUAAAUUCUCCUUUGACUCUGUUAUAGAAGAUGUGUGCAGGGGAUUCAGAUUACGACAGCCUCUUCCUAAGAGCUUGCCUUGUGUUCUUAUUUCAGUUUCGCACCCAAAGAACAGCUACUCCACCAGGUCACGCUGCAGCUCUGUUGCCACGUCUGUGAGCAGCCCAGAUGAGCCCAGUGCCGCAAGCACAGUAUGUGCCUCUGUUUCUGCUCCGAGCCUUACGACGACCAAUAAGAAACCACCACCCCCUGCAGAAGCCGCUGCAAAUGCAACAAGCCGUCCAUAUCAGCCCUACCGUGAGGUAAUGGAUUAAUGUUGCCUGUUGUGGUUGCAACUGGCAUGUGGGUGGACCAUGAGUACAUUGCUUUGAAUGGCCUUUGCUUGUAGUGUAAGAACGAGUGGCUGCAGCCCCUCUUGUUUAUAUCUCAGCUUUGCAUUCGCUGCCAGCCUUGCAACAUGGAGGCUACCACAAAAGGCCAGACUACCAAAGCCCUGGGCUCCUUGUGGCCCAGAAAGGGCUAUGGCUCUGUGUCUCUUCCACUCUUUUUCUGCAUGCAUUCAUGCACCCUAAACGGCUUUUUAGCAGGCCAUGAGUAGAGGGAGCUAUGCUUCCUCAUGGCUGUGAAUAAACAAGGCAGUUGUGCUGUGGUGCAGGGGUUCCCCCCACAGUGGUUGCCAAAUUUCAUUGGGAUGGUCUGUGGUAUAUCUGAAAAAAUACAAUUAACAAUCAUACAGCAUCCAGCUGCAUUGCAAUUGCUACAAAAGGCCUUAAGGUGGUCCACCAAGACCCUCAGUGGUUUUCAGGUGGUCCGUGGGGGGAAAGUUUAGGAACCACUGAAUAGGCAGGGGCAUGUGGAAGUCGUCAUCUUAAUUUCCCAUGGGCAACCUUUUUCCUGUAUGCUGGACUGAUCAGAAGAGGCUUGCCUUUAUUGUGUCCAUUUGCACGAAAAUUUAAAAAUAUGCUUAAAUCCAUAUUCCCUGAAAAUAGAAUGAAAAUCUGUUAGUACAGUGGUACCUCUGGUUUCGUACUUAAUUCGUUCCGGAGGUCCGUUCUUAACCUGAAACUGUUCUUAACCUGAAGCACCUCUUUAGCUAAUUGGGCCUCCCGCUGCUGCCGCGCCGCCGCACGAUUUCUAUUCUUAUCCUGAAGCAAAGUUCUUAACCCAAGGUAUUAUUUCUGGGUUAGCGGAGUCUGUAAGCUGAAGCGUAUGUAACCCGAGGUACCACUGUAACUAGAAAGUGUAUCCAAUAUAAAAUGCUCUCUUCCAUUUUUUUAUAUAUUGUACAAAUAUGCUCAAGGUUUAAAGAUGUGCUUGUCAUCACUAAUAUCUUUUUUUAAAAAAUUAACUUGACCUUAGUUGUCUAAAUGCUCUAACUCUGUUAAUAGAUGUGGGAGUGGGCACUGUCCUUUUUGAACCACUCCUAAAACAGGAGCCUGGCAAGACAUUCUUGUUAUACUGAUUUAGUGGCGGAAUAUCCUUGGUGAUUGUGUGUCUUGGCUCUUUGCUGAAUGUGGCAAAACCUGCCGGCUGCCAUAGCUAUUGCUCACAGUAAUCCUCCCUUUCUUUCCGUUUUAGGGUUUCCAGGGUAAUAGAAGAUCUGGUCAAGGUUACAGGGCCCAAGUGCAACGCCAAAAUGGGCCCCCACACCCCAAUUCAAAUCGGUACCGAAGCGGGCCUUGGUACCAGUCCAACUCCAGGUCCCGGCCACCUCCUGGAAACGCAAACAGCCUCAGCCAGACUUACAACACAGGAACCAAUGGAACUGGUGCUGAGCCUGGUGUGCCAGCCCCAACUGCACAGUCCCAUUCGGGCACACUCAGCAAAGAAGCCAAGGCUCUGCCGCAGCGGAAACCUAGGUCAAGCCAAUAUGAGGCGGCCAAUUCCUGAAGAGCACGAACUCUCUGCCACUUCCCAAAACUGGAUGACGAGAUUGUAGGACACACCUAGCUAGAGAUAUUAACAAAGGAACGUUUACACUUGCUGCCCCCUUUGCCACUUUUCUCUUCCUUUAAUCAUUCCUUUCUGGGAAAAGCGGCUCCCUAGCGCUUCUCCUGCCCUUGCUUUCUGCCACGUGACAUGGGUCAGGCUUUAGUGGAAAAUGCACACAUGAUCUCCAGGCAUGGCCUUGGCAAACCUCACUGCUGCCACCUCCUUUGCACUCUCUGGCUCCUCUUAUUCUGGUGCCGUCCUUAAACAUGGGCUGACUUUCAGCCCUAGAAGCAAAAAAUAAAAAAGGGGGGAUGUCUUCCAAGAACCCCAGCCCAAAAGCUUUUGCUCUCCCCUCGCCCUCCCUGAAUGCUGCUAGCCAGGCCUUACUCCUAACAGCAAAACUCUUCAUGCUGGCAAUGAGACAAAUUGCUGUGAAUUGUGAGACCAAGAUGAGUGAUCCUAAUGGGAGGAGCCAUUAAGAGAGACUGCUGGGAUGGUUAUUUUCUUUUUACAUCUUAUCUAAAUACUACAUUUGGGAAAACUGGGCUUGUAUCUCUCUCUCACUAGAGAAUGGAGAGGUCCAGUCCUCCUGAGAGAAGCAUCAUUUUGACUGUACGUCAUGCAUACAUUUAGAUGUCCCCUACUUUUAAUGUUUGGUGAGGGAUGGGAGGUUUAAUUUGCUCCCGGUCACGAUCCCAUCGUCUGAUCCUAAACUAAAUUUCUAGCAAUUUAAUUAGCAGUGCUAAUCCUAGGUGAUUGCAAGUUCCAAUAAAAAUUGCUACGGUCUUUCUCUAUCCUUGUAUAAAUAAAAAUGACGUACAUGUUUAAAAGACGGCGAG